UCCGUGUAAGUUUUUUUGGCAAAUUGGCAAACAUAACUGAUGCAGCGGUCUCUGUCUGUAUUCGAUUUCUUCGAAAAUGUUGUAGGAGAAGAAAAACAAUCGCGGUUUGUUGCUGUGAUGAUGAUUUCCUACGACAAGCGGCGAGGAGUCACGAAGUUAAAAUAAUCGGAUAAAAAUACCCUGACAGUAAAAUGGCGGCAGCGCGCGAAAGAACCGAGGUAAUAGUCACUUUGUCGAUUAUGUAGUUCGUUUAUGAACUUAUGUUUUAGAGAUGCGUUUUGAUAAAUCCCAAGGUUAUUAUGAUCAUUUUUACUUUGCAAGUAUUUGGUAUUGCCGUUGCUAAAGUCAUUAAUACUGACCUGAAAUUAUAGCUUAUUUAAGCCUGCUGCCAUGAUAGCGGAUCCAAAUAUUGAAUUGUUUUUAAAACAAUCGGCAGUCAUUGAACAUAUAUGUUCUCACUACUGUAUCCAAAAGAAAUUUCUUUUAUUUUUAUAUGUGCAGUUGCUUUAGGUGUCGUGUUCAUGAAGAAUAAGCUUAUAUAUGUCAGAAAAAUUAACACAUCGAAGAACGCAUGAAAUGGAUAACGUUCAUUUUGGAACAGUAGCCUCUGCGCCGAUAAAACUAAUUUAAACAAAAUCAAAAGGAAUCAGAAAUUGCAUACAUUUACGGCUGAUUUUUGCCAUUUACGGCUUUUAUCUCAGUUAAGAGAAUAAAAACAAUUGAUUGAUUUUAGCUUUGUGAUGUUUUGAAAAUACCUUGGUCAACAGACGCCAUUAUGAAUGGGUAAAAAGUAUUCGGGCUUAUGACCUCUGUCGUAAGUGGUAUUGCAAUCAAUUUAUUCAAUCAAAGUCCCAUGAAAAAUUGUGAUAAAAAGAGAUGCAUAUUAUUAUUACUGUUCAGUCGAGUUCUGCUGGUGCGGGGCAUGGAGAAGGCGGGGAAUGGGGUGGGUGGUUGUGCUGGAUUUAGAAGUGGGGUUGUGGCUGAGGUUUUGUUUAGGACAAAGGACAAAAUAUAUGCUCUGUUGUUGCUUUACAGAAAACUUCAGGGCUGUCAUUAAGAGCCAGGGGCCAGGGAUUUCCCCCUGUUACUAUGAGCGUGGUCUCUGGCUACCUUCAUAGGAAAAUGGAAGCAAAAUUUAAAUAGAACCAAAAUAAGUCUGUAGCUGUUUGAUUCCCCGCCUAUUUGUUGUAUUUACCCAGCAAAUUGAAAUCUUAGUGAUAACCCUGAAAUUUUAUCCCUGACAGGGUUCUGUAGGGGUCAUGGGACUCUGACCCUGUAGAUGGUCAUAUAAAAUCAUAAACCCUGUUGAGGUUUAGGGUCAGAGAAGGGGAGUUGGGGGGCAACUUCUAUAUAUAAAAGUGAUGGGUGUUAUGGAAGCGAUGGAAUACAAACUUGAACGCUUGAACACAACUUUAAUCCGCUCGAUUUACAAUACACCGAUUUACAACAGGUUGAUGUACUGCCCGGGAACCCGACUUACAACAAAUCUACGAGCGACUAGCAAGGAAGUCACGUGACGUGUUAUCUACAUAAUUUAUUCUACUCUCACAGGUCCAGUCUCACGGGGCUUUUAAUGACCCGAGUACGAGUACGACGAUGGGCCGUAACAAUGGGUAGCCCAUCAGAACUUAUAAUUCAACUCCUAAAGGACACCAAUCCUGCCUCUUCAUCCUCCUUAAGGGUGCUGUGAACAGUGUCUGUAAUCAGAAUAUUGCUUUUAUUAUUGUUAUUAUUAUUGUUGUUGUUGUUGUUGUUAUGAGAGAAGUGGUAAGAGAAGUACAAGCCAUCAGGAAUUGCCUCUGAUUCACUCUUGUAAAUCAGUUUUAAAUUAUUUUUUUUAUCUUCAGUCAUUAACAAGAGACUCACCUGAAAGCGUUUUAAUUACCAAGCAUCGAGACAUCUUUGACCAUCUCCCUCCUCUAAGUGCUCCACAGGUAUUUACAAGUUAUUUAUUAGAAGCUUACAAAUUUGCAUAUGCAAACUUCAUAUCUGGACAUCUUGUGAGCCCUCUCUAGCUCUCUGGUUCAAGGUGAAAAGUGUUCUUUUUAAUAGAAUUUGGACCAUUCUUCAUGGAUGUAAACCAUAGGAGGAUGUCUUCUUUAGAUUUACGUUGCGUAGUUUAAGAGAAUUUUCAGUAAUGCUAGACCUUAGCCAGUUAUUUCCCUGUAUUAAAGGCAGGGCUCGAAAUUGCGACUGAUACGGUCGCCAAUGCGACUAACAUUUUCUCCUUGGCGACUAAAAAUUCUGGUUUAGUCGCCAGAUUUUAGAAGAGUAAAAUUAAAACAAACAUUUCAUCUUCAAGUCUUGCUUUGCUUUCAUCAUGAAAAAUGUCCGGGGCACCCAACGAGGAUAUAGUUCAAAACCACCUAAACAGAGCAUUGUUGAACGUAAUUUAGUAUUUAAACGAUAGAUAAAUGCUUAUUUUUAUCCCCUAAAAAUUUUUCAUCCGUUCGGAUUUCCUAGAUGAAAGUAUAGUGAUCCAAAAAUUAUGGGGAUCAAAAUUUACCUUUUCAAAAAUUUCAGCCAGAAAAAAGGCUCCCGAAAAUUCUAGGUGACCUUUUUAGGGUAAAAAUCUGUUAAAAAUGGGCAAUUAUACCAUUUUUUUGAUGUUCGAAAAUCCUAGGAGAGGGAGGCAAGCAAGAAAUUUUACAGAAAAUGAUCCAAAAAUUCUAGGUCUCAAAUCGUCUUCCGAACAGAUAAUUUUCCAAAAAUUAUCGUUGGGUGCCCCUGAAAUGUGCCAAAACGCAUAAACGAAGCCACUUUAUACCGACUUCAUGAUAUUCAGUUUUCAAAUCUGAUGGAUCACACCAUACUAUGCUGGGCUUCUGAUAGGUAGCGGAAAAAAGUCAAAUUUCGCGGGAUUUUUGGGGGCAAAUUCGCGGAAAAAUUGGCCGAUUUUGCGGCACUUUCGCGGGAAUGUUUGGGCCAAACUUCGCCGAAAAUCAAUCGGUAAAAAAGGCCGAUUUUGUGGUUAUUUUGAGGGAAAAUUUUGUUAGAUGUCGAUCGGCUUUGCGCCGAUGAGACCAGUGUUUUUAACGUUUUUCUAACAGAGGUCAUCAUUUGCUUUUUCAACAACAAUACGUUCCAGAAAUGAACUAAUGGCAAAGCCUAUGCAAAGGGCAAUGCAAAGCCUUUAACAUCAUGGCUAGUGCCCAGUUUUUCGCAACAUAAUUGCGCCUGGUAGUUUCGGGACGUUAUUCGCACGUUUCAGUGACGAAGUAUGAAGACAAAUUUGCAAGUUUAGGGCAAGUAAAUAGCCUCAAUAGCUGAGGUAAGUUUCAAAUAUGUUGUAAAGACAUGUGUUUGAUAAGAUUUUGUGAGUUUUUUUGAGUGAAUUUCGCGGCUCCGCUACUGCUCGAAAUAUCAGAAGCCCUGUACCUAUGAGCUGCGUCAUUUACAUAUUACAAACUGGCGACUAAAAAUUUGCAUCUGGCGACUACAUUUCUCCGGUUGGUCGCCAAAAGGCGACCUGAAGAUUUUUUUAAUUUCGAGCCCUGUAAAGGCCAAGUUGAGGAGUCUUAACUCUUACUGGUCUUUUGUGAAUUAACUCAAUCCUGUGGCCAGUAUGAUGCUUGUACUGCAAACCAAUUUUUUACAAGUCUAUCUCUGUCACCUUUUCACCACACGAAUGUUCAAAUGAUUUUACUUGCAGCCUGCCUAUAGUGAUAGACCAAAGAUUGUUGAGUAUGGAGCUUAUACGCAAGCCUCGCCAACCAAGGAAAAAGGCCAUUAUCGGCAUACAAGGUAAUGGCCAUUUUGACAUAGCUUUUAUCUUCAAAGUUAUUUAGUUAGUGAUAAUAAAUUUCUUAAACUGAAUUUUUGAGAGCCAUGGCUGGCUAACUUAGACUCAGUCAAGCAGGGAUCAAUAAUUUAAUAAAACUUUUGCAAGUGUAAUUUACAAGUGAAGCCAUUUUUCUCAGACUCCAAAACAAUGGCUACCCUUGUAAAUAACACUUGUAAAAGUGUUAUUAAAUUGAACCCUGAUUGCACCUGUGUACUACCUAGCUCUUAGCUCUUUUAGCUCCUAGCUCUUUCAUUAGGUUAGUUACACCUAGUUUUGACAAAGGGACUAUCAGGGCUUAGGUAUACAAAUUUUAAUAUUGAGCCUAUUGGAUGUUGUCACUCCCCUGCCCCCUUGACUGAGUUCUGAGUGUGGUACUUGACCAUGUUGCAGAAAGUGGGUUAAAAUCUUUGUUUGACCCUCCCUCCGUGGAUCCAUUCCUGAGCAUGUUACUUGGCUAUGCUACAGAAUCUGGGUUAAAAUCUGGGUGUAGACCCCCCUGCCCCUAUAGAUCCAAACUUAUAAGUAUGUUACUUGGUCCUGGUACAGAAACUGAGGUAAAACCUGGGCAUGUGUCCAAAGCCCCAACCCUUACAGCCUUCCUCUAUCUACCCCCCAGCAUGGUGCUCAGCCAUGCUACAGCUGCUACAGCUGGGUUAAAAUCUGGGUGUGUGCCACUAGAUCCACUUGUGAGUCUUGUACUUGGCUCUGGAACUGAAACUGAGGUAAAACCCUGGGCAUGAGUCCAAAGCCCCCCCUGCCCCACAUCCACCCUAUAUAGCAUGGUGCUCAACUGUGCCGCAAAGAGUGGAUUGAAAUAUGGGUGUGGGCUGCGUGCCCCUUAGAUCCACUCAUAAACCUGGUACUUGGCUCUGGUACAGAAACUAAGGUAAAACCUUGGCAUGAGCCCAAAGUCCCCCUCCCUCCAUCCGCCCCUUAGCAUGGUUCUUGACCAUGCUACAGAAGCUGGGUUAAGAUCUGGGUGUGAGCUCCCCAGCCCCUAGAUCCACUCAUAAGCCUGGAACUUAGCCCAGACUAUGCUGCAAAGAGGGGAUUAAAAUGUGGGUGUGGGCCCCCCUGCCCCUUAAUCCACUUAUAAGUAUGAUGCUUGGUCAACAACAACAACAACAACAAAUUUUAUUGAAAAUUGGAAAAUAACUAAUUACAUUACUUGGUCAUGAUUUAUAAAGUGGAAAAACCGUGGUUGUGAUCCUCCCGUGGAUAUUCCGGAAUGUUAAUUCAGAGGUGAUAGGCAAGCUCAAUUAGUGGUGGUGAUAUUAUCUUUUUUGCAGUGAUGCAGUGGCUAAUAAUUACACUCCUUCAGCUCAGAGUUUGACAACAAAAUUGAUUUAUAAGCGGCCAAUCAAGGGAUCUCAUUCUGGUAAUAUUAUAGCUGGUGAUAGGCCAUGUAGAUUUUUACUACAUUAAAAUAUUUAUUUGCUUGUGACACGAGGACCUUGCAAUCCUAAUCUCCUGAUUAAUAUUAUGCAUGCUUAGCAUGUAUGUAGCAGCAUUUGUAAUCUGCUUUACAGUGUCCCCGAUAAGUGCACCACUUGUGGUGUGCUAGAAAGUUCUGACAUUUUAAUAAAGUUAUUGAUUGAUUGUUUGGACUUUCACUAAGAAUGAGUGGAAUACACAAAAUGCAAUUAUAUCAUCACAUGCAUUUGUACCUUUUAUCACUUGUAAUCUGAUCAUGCGUGUUUUGACCUUCUAUCCUGUGAAACUUGCACAAAGCACCAGUGUUGAAGCAAGAGCAUUUUGACCUUCAAUCAGAAGUCUAAAACUCGCAGACAGUAUUGGGACUGGCACUAAGGGUCGAUCUUAGACAGAUAUCCACCCUACAGAGAAUUAACCUCUGCAUUCCUAAUAGUGGGCAAUGUUGAAAAAUCACAUAAAAUUCAAAUUUUAUUUUGUAAAGUCCCUAAAAAACAUUAGCACCAAAUAAAAGGUGUACCAGAGAGGUUUCAUUUGAAUGGUAACAUCAUAGGAUUUUGUCCACUGACAGAAAAGUAGGAUUGACAACUGCCCUGGUCAUUUCUAAUCAAUAAAUUUUUUUGUCUGUUUAAUUAUUAAUUGCAGCUACUAAGAGGACAAGUCCUAAGAAGCGGCACAGUCCUCCUGGAAAUGUCAUUGAAGAGAAACUCCAACUGCUUUAUGGUGGAAAAACCCAAACUCCGGCAUCUGGACAAUUUUCAUCACUGUCUAAAGGGAACUGGGGACAUUUUGUUACCCAUGGAGUGCCCAAGGGGAGUCUUAAUAAGGGACACACAAGUCCUCCAGUGUCAGGCCAACCUUCAACUUUGUCGCACCAGGAAUAUGAUAACUCCGAAGGAGACAGAAUAAUUGACGUAAAUGCAAGUCCUUUAUCAAGUUCCAAACCACCCAAAGUAAGAAGAGCUUAUUCUGCAGGGCAAAAAGCAACUAGACGUUCACCUAGUCCUUCAUCCAGUAGCAUACACCAAAAUGAGGAGAGGUCACCAUUACCAAAUUCACCAGCCUCAAAAAAGGCAAAAAUUGCUUGGGACUCAACUGAUCAAGGCAAAUCAAAGGAGCAGUCUAGAGAGGAAAACACCAGUGUUGAUCCAGAAUUGAUUUCAAAUGGUCAUACGGACUCCCAUAUCCAUGAACUUACUGAAAGUAAUACCCAGUCAAACUCUCCACAGAACAUUUCAUCCAUGUCAUCAUUCAGAGAGUAUGAUGAAGAAACCCUCUCUGUUUUGAAUAUAAGUUUUCCUCCAUCUACCACUCCUACCCUUGGACUCUCCCGUGCUGUAUCACCACCUGAAACACAGCAACAACGUUACAGUAGUCUUGUGGAAAAUGCAAUUCUUACUAGCAUGGUGGCACCGUUGAGCAAGGAGUGGAAGAAGAAAACUCAUGAAUUUCUCCCCAAAACUUUGCGAUAUGAUUUUAAAGAAACCCUGGAUGAGCUUGAUAAGGUGUGUUACUCUGUUACUGUAUAGAGUGUUUUCACAUGAUCCCACUUCCACCAUAUUGGCUGUUUCAAAACAAUGAAAUGGUUACCAUCUUGUUGUUCAAAACCAGUCUGUGAAAGUUAAACCUUUUGUUUAUGUAUUAAAAUAUUUCUUUUGUUCUAAUAAAUUUGCAUAGCCACUGGCCAUGUGAGUGAAAAUGCCCUAAAGAUACGCGUCCUCAGUUUACUGUAUCUUUCUCAAAAUCCUGAAAGAAACUGACAUGCAAAACUUUUUUUGUGGAUAUAUGUUGCAUUUUAAUUUCAGGAAAUGGAGGCAGAAUACACACGUAGUGUGAAGCAAAGCAUUCUGGAUUAUGUUCUACUAGAUCCUGCAGAACAAAGGCGACUUGGUCUUGAUAUGCCACAGCCAGUGAGUAUAAUUCAUGGUUCAAUUUGAUCUGUUACCAUGCUUCCCCCGGGUAUACCCCCGGGAAUUUGCAUUUUUUUUCCUCUCCUGGUGGUAUCUUCCCCACCCUCGGGCGCGCAGGAGACAAUUCCCCACCCCCGAGAUCCUGAUCGACCUCACAUACGAUUUUUUGGGGGUACAUCUUUUUGAGAGCAAUAGUGAUUUCUGUACAAUAGCAAAACGAGACGUUUUCAGAAAUUUUAUAAACAUUUUCUAGAGUUAAUUGAGAGAAGGAUAAAACAUGUAUGUAGUUAAUACAUAAACAAUACAUUUGAAAAGGAAUGAAAAAACUCUUAAGCGUCUCCUUGAUAGAACGCUUCAUAAGAAAACUGGACUGAAUCUCUGUUCAUUUAUCUUAAAAGCCUUGUAUCCGUUUUCAUAUACAGUCUAUUUGAGUUGUCUUAUUAUUACUACUAUCCCCGGGACAGGACCGCUUCAAACAAUUCCCCAGUUCCGGUCUCGAAUGGCUUGACAUUAACGUAUAAUUAAUUACAGACAGGCGUCAUUUUUAAUGCGUUUCGUGGCGAACGUGAAGCGCGGGAAGAUCGUGGAGACUCAUUCCCGUUCGGUGAGAGAGGCGUCCGUCUUUGCGAUCACGCAAACCUUGCGCUUCGUGCUCACACGUGAAGUCAGAAAAUAACGCCUUUUCUUUCAGCCACUUAAAUGCCUGCAUCGUUCGUUAAAAAAGUGUGUUGUUUUAAUUACCGAUGUUUUUGUAUAUUUUUGCAGGUAAUUUAUUCCGCAGGAAGAGAUCGGUUCCCAUGGCAUACUUCAGUUAUAAGCUGCAGAGAGUUCCUUGAAAAAAAUCUUUUUGUAACACACGUUGUCCUGCGUGAUCUGUUGUACCUGUGGGAAUCAGAGUAAGUUUAUUAUUUCCUGUUACAGUAGUCAGAAACGCCGCUUACCUUUUCUUUGAAAGCUCUUCAGACAAUAAAGUCUGCAUCCAGCGUGCAAAGAAAGUACUGUCCGAUAGUCCGGGGCUAUUGGAUUUUGCUAUUGGGCUAGUGAAUUGUGUUCAUGACUUGGCCGACGGGCAAGUGGAGUAUUUUGAGGAAUUUAACUUACAGAAGAACUGUGAAAUUCAGCUCAUCAAAAAAUUUUGGGGGCUAGUUGAAAUGAAGUUUGGGCAAGUAAAUGCUACAACCAGUUGCAAAAGUACUUGAGACACUGUACCGUAUUUUGCCAUAAAUGGCCUGUCCAUGAUCUUGUGCUUGUGAUCCCCCCUCCACCUCUUAUCAAAGUUGCUAGCAAUACAAGACCAUACUCAAAACUUGGAGGAACAACUUUGAAUGGGAGGGAGGAGGGAGGUCAGUAUUAUAUUUUACAGACCUGUGACCAGGAGCGAUUUGAAGCAAGAAAGGUCGUUUUUCCGUGGGAGUGUCUCAUCAUUUUUGCAGCUGUUUGUAGCUUCAGCUUGCCCGAAUGGCAAGCUGUGAAAAUGACUUUCUUUGCAACCUGGCAUCACAGCAGAAAACUGAAAGGUGCAGUUUUUAUUAGUUUUAUGACAUUUCACAAGAAAACUGACAUCUUCUACUUUUCCUUUUCUCUGCAUCAAACGCCAUUUUGUUUAUCUGUUUCGUUAAUUACGUGCUCUAAACUUCAAAUUGGCAAAGUAAAAAUCUGUUAUGGACUUAUUGAAAAAGUUAAGAACAUUCGAGAAACAAAGGUUGACCUCGCUUGGCUUGUUUGGUUUCCCAUUUCGGUUAAUGUAACGUUGUGAAGGAAAUUUGCUCUGUCGUUUCAUAAGUUAUGCCAGCGUUCACGUGCUUGCGAAUAAGACGAAAUUUGAAAGAAAGAUUUCUCCAGUGAAGUCUGUGAUAGAAACGAGGAAACGAAGCAAAAAAGGUCGCAAAUGCCGAAAGCAUUUUUUAGCAGUAACAUUUCGCUAAAUGACUUCUAAUUUUUGUUUAUUUUUUUUUUUAGAUUUUCGGAACUAAGGUUAAUAGACAUUCCCAGUUUAAAAGACUCUCUUCCUCUGACGAUUGUUGACCUCAAGAAAAAUGCUUACAAAGCAACCCAGCAGGGCGUUAAGAGGCUUGUAGAGCGGUGGAUCCCAACAUGCGUUAAAGUUAUAAGUGACAGAAGAGAUGCCAUUGAGGAAUGCAUGCCAGAGGAUGAGGUAGGCGGUAUAAUGUGGGGGAAGACAGUGUGGGAGUGUCGGGGGCGCGGGGAGGGGUACGGUAGUUGGGAGGGUUGGACCCCCAGUUCCGACCUCCCUUAAGUGCUGUCAGACCUGCAUAGUCAACCCCCUCUUAACUGACGUCUUGAGGUUUUGCGUGACUCACUGGAUCGGUGUUGUUUCGAAUUGCACUGUGUGGACUGUUUUUUGGACGUUAUCGCUUUUUCUAUUGGUUCUUUCGAAGCUGCUUCGUCAACAUUCAGAAUUCGUCCUCGUCAGCAGUGCAACUGGACAUAAAGGGCGCUUUCCAUUUUCCCAGAAACUCCGCAAAUUCCGGUUGGGAUGCUAAUGGAACACACGUUUUCCAGGCGUUCCAGUGGAAAGUUGCCAGGAAUAAGUGGAAUUUUGAAAAGAUAGUCCUUUUUCCCGUUGGAAACUUUCCGGUGGAAAUGCAUGGUCCAUUUACGAGUUUUCAGUUCCAGGCUAUGCAGGGCUAAAUCUGUCCCGCCAACUUGAAUUUUGGUGACGAGAGCAUAGACGGAUGGAACUGGCGUCAAAUAGAACACGUUCUUCACUCUAUGGACCUUUCCAUGGAAGUUUCCGAAAGUUUUUGGUAAAUGGAAAACGCCCAAAAUCGACCCAAUGAAUGCCUCGGACAGGUAAGUCUUCAUCCAAUCAAGUAGAAGAUAGAUCUCCAGAGAAGUCAAGUUACUAAUUUUUGUGCGUGUAUGUUGUAACUGACCCGUUAUUCAUUUUCACAGGAAUCUAGAGUUGGCAAAAUGGAUCAUUUCUUUGCUUCGGUAGCCUCACUAAUGUCCAGAAGUGUCCGAAGUGCUGUGUAUAACUCUAUCACAGACCUUGUGCAAUUUUUGGGGAUGUACAAGCUCGGGAACGAUUUCACUGGGCCUUUUGAGAGGAGCCUUCCCGUACUGCCGCAGCCAAUUGUACUCACAGUGGUAAGAAUCAGUCUUUCGAUAGCCAGCAAGCAAGUUCUUCUAGAAAAGCGAAGGCGAAGGCGUCGGCUCACACGCGAACGGCAAACGAAGCGAGUUGCGAGGGCGGAAUCUUUCGCGGCUGCUCACUCGCGCGUGACAUUCUACGCUUAAGAUUUCGAAAUGGAGAGUAUAACACCUACCUCAGGGUAAGCUUAGUUGGCAGAGUAAUUUCUGAUUGAUUUUUUUUUGCUGCUAGGUCCCUGAUGUGGAAGAAAUAACUGUUGGUUUUGAGCCAGAUUUCCAAGAUGUGGUUGAAACAAUUCAUGAGAUUAUUGAUCACAUGGUGAAAAGUGUACAAGGCCUGGAGUGUGUUGAGCAUCAGUUAUUUUACGAGGAUGAAGGAAUGAAGAAGAGAUACAUCAGCAGUGUGCAACUCGAUGAAGAAAGAGUUCAGUGGGCAAGGGAAAGAGUUGCUGAGGUGGUGGACAAAAACAGUGCUGGACCUCUCAAGUAAGACUGUACUCUAUUAGCCUGUAGACUACGAGUAGUCCCCCAUUUUUCCUUAGGGAUAGUAGAGCAAGCGAAACUCGAACACGCGUGAAAAUCACCCCACGUGAGAAAAGGCGACACGCGGCGGGGAGAGAGAGAAAUUGUCUGUAGUCCCUCAUUUUUCUCCUCCCCGCUGCGUGUCGCCUUUUCUCGCGUAGGGUGAUUUUCACGCGCGCUCGCGUUUCGCUCGCUCUACUAUCCCUGAGAAAAAAUGGGGGACUACUCGUAGUCUACUAGCUUGCGAAUACAGCAUUCUCUCCUCUCUCCUUGCUGCUAGGGUCGUUUCACCAAACGUCCUGUAAGGUGAUGUUAGAAGAGACAAUUCGCAACGACGAUUUUUAGCGCAACACAGCGUUGCAACAUUGUUUCAACAUUGUUUCGAACGGCUACAACAUUGUUCCAACAUUGCAACACUUUGUUGCGCUAAAAAUCGGCGUUGCGAAUCGUCCCGUGUAACAUCGCCUUUACGGCGAGGAGGGACGCUCCACAGACACCCUACAGUCAGCUUAGUAUUGUUAAGAGUUCCUUUGACGAUUGCUUUCAACUUUUUACGUGGACUAGUUGGCAAAAAACCAUCAACAUCGCUAGAAAGAGCGUCUUUCAAUCAGUUCAUUUGCCAAGUUUUAGAGUGAUUUAUUGAAAACUUACAAACAUAUUUUCCGCAAAGUCGCGAUAACUUCUUCCAUAUGAACUGUGAGCUCUCUGUCCAUUCGAUAAGAACCCCAGCCCCGCCCAUUUAUGGCCAAACCCCUCAACAGGAACUGUUCCUCGGCAAUUUUAAGUUGCUUUUGUUUCUCAUCGAAGAUUUCGAUCAGUCUACGAACCACUUCAUUACCUGCUGACGAGAGAGUCCGAUGCGAAGACGAUGAGAUUCACUGCGGCCGACAGACAUCUACUGGAAUAUGGACGAGAAUUGCAAAACGUCUAUAACCUCUCAAACAUGGCUGCCUCAAUGGAUAUGUUCAUUCCUAUGGAGUUAUUUGUACUGGAUUGCACCAGGAUGAAAGAAGUAUGUUAUAAGAAUUAGAUCAUUUAGCCUUAUAAGCUUGUAAGCGCGCGUGAAGCAGAAGGUAUAUUUGGCUGACAAAACAGUUCAUUCUUAUCUAAGGGCUUGUUUACAUGAAGGUGGAGGACCCCAGGAAGAUGAGGUUACCCGCUUAGGUGGGGUAAAAAAAAUAACCCGCGUUUACAUGCAGUCUUACAACCCAGCCAUCUUGGGGUGCAAGUUCAUAAGAUUACUGAAUGGUCAUUAAGCGCGUAAACAAAAAAAAAAUUGCUGGCAAACGACGUGUUUUGCAGAUUAUUGCUCUUCUACUCUCACUUGCUGCUGUCGCUGUAACCUUCAGUGCUGUGACUCUCUAUUGUCACCUUUAAGAGGGCUCGAAGUUAACUUUUUAGUGCACUUGCAAAGUUUUGCUAGUAAGAUUUUUUUCCACUGGCAAACUGGUGAGAUCGCUAACAAAUUCUUUCCCUUUGUUUGAGAGACACGGAUGAUUCAAACUCGCAAACGUUUGCUAGUGGUGGAUGUUUCUCUCUCUCGCAGAUUAUCAAAAUCACUUGCAUUUUGCGAGUUUGCGAGCGUUAAUUUUAAUGAUGCAAAGCAACCGCCAAAAGUGAAUUUUGCGCGAAUUCAGUUCAGUUCGCUCAAGAAGUUCUACAUAUUUUCAAGCAAAUGGCGAGGAAGCCCAAGGGAAACCCCCGGGCUUAUAAGGAAUGGGCUCCGUCAGUAUUUGAUGUAUCACGAAGCCGACCCCGGCUAGGCGGGUUACCCCACCUUGAAACGUUUACAUGGCAAAAUUUCACGCCACCAAUCACAUAAUCGUGAUCAAAUUAAAAUGAGAAAUUAUAUGGACAGGCGGGUUACCUCACCUACCUGGGGUCCCCGACCUCCAUGUAAACAGGCGCAAACCAGUAGCACGGAUGGCGCAGUUUUCUCACCUGUGUCUCGAGUUAUUUUUUGUUAAAAUCUUUUUUCAGUACCUUGUAUUACGUGCCCGUGAUUUGGCAAGUUUGAUGACAUCCAAGCUGAUCAAGAAGAGUUUUGAGUUCAACCGCUCCAUCUGUCAGCAGUAUGAUUACAUUGUCAAUCGCAUAACAUCAUCGGCGAAGACCACUGAGGAACUUGUGGAUCUGGAAAAGUACAUCGACAACUUGAGAUCUGGACCACUAGUACAUCUGAGGGUAUGUCAGUUAUAGAACUGUUCCUACUUAUUUUUAUUUCUGAGGGAGCUUAAGCAAAGACGACGACGACGACACAAGAAAGUAAAAAAUAGUAGGAGGUUAAAAUUAGCAAAACAACAACUCUGCACGUGCAUCACGCUUUUUUCGUGCAUUUCUUUGCCCUCGUUGCACGACUGCGAGGUGAAACGGCCUAUUUUCACGUUUUCUGGAGACGUGGACACAAGACAAAAAUUUUCUAAUUCCUUUUUUAAGCUUGGAUACUGUCCUUUAGAAUUCAUCUCCAGAAAAAUUCACCAACAUUUGACCAAGUUGAACGACUGGGAAUAAGAGCGAUGAAUUUUGAAACCGCGUUAAUUCACUACUAGCGAAGUCCACCAGCGUCGUCAUCUGUGCGUUAGCUCCAAGUAGCCGUCAUUACACGACUACGACGUUAUUUCUCCUAACUUCACGUUUUAUUGAGAAGGUAAACACAAGAGGAUGACUUGUCUUUUUUUUAACUUGGGUAAGGACGUUUAGAAUUGAAUUCCAGGUAAAUAAACUCGGCCUACAUUUGACAAAUUGAACGAAAUGAAGUAUAAUGGCAGUGAAGUUUGAAAUAGCGCGAAUUCACUUUUGUAACGACGUUUUCGCUAGUGUCGCCGUCGUGAUUAGCUUUCGGCUCUCUAAUUGCGGGCGACGUCGUAGUGGUUUCGUAAGCUGCCUAUUUAUGUAGUCUAUGAGUAGCAGUUAUAAGAGUUGUUAUGUUUCUUUGUCUUCAAUCUUUCAGACCGAGCUGGAGGAUGCUGCAGACCUGGUUUUAUUUCUGAUGGAUCACACUUUCCUGGCUGAUGAUCACCUUGCGUUAAACGAAACAACAUUUACCUGGCCUGAUCGCAUUAUGCCAAUUAUUAAAAUGAGGUAUAUAUAUAUUUACAACCUGUUUAGCAAAUUGUGUUUCUUUGCCAUUCUUGGUUUGCAACCACGUGACUUGGCGGCCAUGUUGGUGGUCAAUACAAUAAAAAUUAUUUCUACAAAUUGUUAGAAAAAUGCCGCAAAGUCGAUAAAUUAGGUACUUCAAUUUAAAAGUCACGCUAUUUUCAGAAGAGUAUGACACUACUAUGAUUAAAUGUUUGUGUGUUUGUUUCAUCCAGUGAAACUCGCGUUACGCGAGAGCACGAUACUGCCAUGAACAAGCUCUUUGAUUGGCUGGCGAGGUUUGAAAUGCAGCUGAAUGAAACUCUCGUCAGUGUGAAAGAAUUUCACACCAAAGACAGAAUGUCAGAGGCAAAGACGUACUUAGCACAGCUAGAUGACCUCAAAGAUAAAGUCCAAGGAUUUCUGGAGGAGGUACUAACUAUAUUUUAACCAAUUCCUCAUAAUCGACCCGUGCCCGAAACCAACACUUUUUUUUGCAAUUUUCUCGUUUGUAUCGCUAUAUUACCAAAGGAACUUUGCGUAAAAAACCCUGAUCAGUUUAGGUUUGUGGGAAACUUACCACCUACCCCUCCCUUUAAGUCAACAUUUUGCCCUAAUAAAGUGAGAAGUAAGUGUUAAUGUUGACUUAGGGGAGGGGUAGGCGGGCAGUUUCCCAGAAACCUUAACCUAUCCAAAACGCUUUCAAAUUACUUGCUAUUUUGUGUCAUCAUUGCCACAGUCUUCUCUUGGUUCGAUGAGGGACUCGUGACGUCAGGGUAUCACCCACCUUGCAAUAGACUGUGGGUAAUCUCUUUUCUUGGAGAAAAUAACGAAGAGUAAAUUGGCUCUUGUAAAGCUUGUAAAGCAAGGAAAAUUUCUUGGGUUUCGUAAGGGAUAAUUUUUAACAGGUGAUCGGCACCGUCGUUGUCUUUACAACAAAUUAUAUCGUUUUUCGAAGCUCACGGAAGUCACUUUCCAAACUUCAUUUCGUUAGGGCUUCUUAUCAACAAAGUCUGCUUUCUCGGCAAACACAUUUCUGUCCUUUUGUUACAGAGAAAGAAAAUUAACAAAGAAGAAGACUUGCUUGGUUGUGAAGUGCGCAGUGCAUUUCCUCAAAUCCAAGACAUUAUCGAAGCGAAGGAGCCAUUUGACAAGUUGUGGCGAGCAUUGGUGACUUUCCACGACAAGCAGGAAAGGUGGCUGGCUGGGCCUAUCCUGAAGCUUAAUGCAGAAGAGAUUGAAGAAGAGGUAUUUUAAAAGUAUUUUAUGGUUCAUGUUCUUGUUUUUCCAGUAACCACGUGUUUAUUAUGGUCCAGUUUUGUCCUCUGUCUCUCGCUACGCUCUUUGGAGAUUGAGUCCCGGAAAAAAUUGAUUUGCGCAUGCUCAAGAUGAAUAAAUCACUGGAAACUCCUUAGCUUUUCGUGUGCGUUUCCUCGUCCUUUCGAAAACUGGCGUGAAAUAACACAGCGAAAUUGAUGAAAAAGUGAAUCAACAGAGACACGAUCGUAUUCGGGAAGCCUUUUCCUUCCAUUUCUUUUAAGAGGCUUCCUACGAUUAAAAAAUCUCAGGUCAACUCAGAUCUGUUGGCCCUAAAAAUGGGGCCGUUCCGGUGAGGAAAAUACAGUCCUAUUUUUGAGUCCAAUUUGGCUCCCUUAAAUCAGGGUCAAUGCAGGACAAUUACCUGUAGCUGAUUUGGUCCCAAGGGCUGAAAUGGGCCCCAGGGUGGGCUGAAAUAGCCUUUUGAUUGAGCUGUUUUGGCCUAAAUUGUGCUCAAAUGGCUCCAGAAAGGGUUGAAUCAGACUUUGGCCUGCAGGGCUGAAUUGACACUUUAGGGCUGAAACAGAGUUUAUUUCAACAGGUUUCGGAGCUAUGGAGGAUAAGUUACAAGCUAACCAAAGAGUUUGCUCACCCCGAGUUCCGCGGUCCACUCAGAGUGGCGUCCACCACUAAAGCCAGACUGGAGAACUUCAAGAUCAAUAUGCCUCUUAUCAAUGCCUUGUGUACACCUGGGAUUAAGGACAGACACUGGGAAGCAAUGAGCGUAAAGGUACAAUAUAGCCUAUCAAGCAGACAUUGAGAUCGUCAACAUAACUAUUUUUAUACAGCGUUUUUUAAAUAAGGCUUUUGAAGACGUUGUAGGUUGUGCUCAAGUGUUUCCAAUCGAGUUAUUGGAGCGAUAACUCACGCGGAAACGCUUGCUAGGCAGGCUGAAAAAAAUGUUAAUUUCUUCUAGUUUGCAUCGUUACUUGAGGUGACUAGCUAAAAAACCUUGUUCCCCUUCCUCAGCAAACCACAAUUAACACUCAACGACCAACGUGUCUUACUUGCACGCGUUUCUCGCGCUAGCACUGGCUUCAUGUAUUAGUUUUUAGUUUACAAGCUUUGCCACCAGGCAUGGAACACUCAUAGGGCAAGCUCCACUCCGAGGUCCAACAGUAACCACAACAACAAAACUAAUUACACUGCUAUUAAUAAAAAUAUCAAUACUGUAAACGAAUAGGUAGAAACAUUUUUAGAGCUAACAGAAUAAAGACAGACGUAAAGAUAAGAAUCAACAACACAUUCGUUCUGGCAAGCUGGCCAAUGGGCAACUACACCAGUGUGGCCCUUGAUUCACACACUCUUAUAGAACUAGGGGGGAGGGGGGGGGGGGUGUGUCAACUUCAUAAACACUCUUAAUCUGUUUUCUUUGAAAUUUGAUUGGUUCAUUUAGACUUAAGCGCUUUUAGAAGUAUGCAGACUAAUAACUUUUGGCUUAGACUGUGGUUUUAAUGUGCUUGAAGCUUGCCGCAACUUUUUUUCGCUUUUGAACAUUCAAACACCGAAUGUCGCUGGGGUGAUCUUUUUGAAUCUUCUUUUUUUUUUUAACAGAUUGGUUUCAAUAUCGCCCCCAAAGAAGAUACCACUUUGAAUGAGAUGCUAGUUCUUGGACUUGACAAGUUUGUAGAGGAUCUUACUGAAAUAAGUGGCCGGGCAGCGAAGGAGUUCUCUCUGGAGAAGGUGCGUAUGGUAUACUCGCUCAAACUGAUUUUUGUUUUACUACCGCAGAUACGUGACAAUCUGGUUGUAUACUUCGUUCAAACGUAUUUUUGUUUUACAACUGAGGAUUCAACCUGGUUGCAUUUGAUGUUUAAACGGAUUCUCCCGUGGCUUUUUGUUGGUUAAGCGAACGCUCGGGUGAAAAAACUUCGCUUUUCUUCGCUUUAACGUCAAUGCGCCCCAUAUUAGGGGGAAAGGUCUUUUUGAAUUUUUUCAUCCACUACAAAAAACAAAUCAUCCUCUCCCCAAGGUCUUAGGAAAAUCGCUCCAUGUUGGGAGAAACGUCUUUUUCGAUCCAGGAAUUUCGUCAUCAUCCCCCUUCUAUGGUAGUGGAUUUAAGGGGGGGGGAACUAAAGGGUAUGAAUCAUACGGAAUCUAGUAAAGAUCAUUUUUGGCCUCAUAAGAUACAAUGUCUGGUUUUGGGAAACUUAUUGUAGUUAGAUUAAAGUUAGAUUUCUUAAAACAAGGAGAAAUUGCCUCCUCAGAAGACGGAGAAAUAUAGCGCGCGAACAAGACCCACGAGGGAAUAAGACACGCACGGGAAAGCAGGUAGCUGUCCGGCUUUUUUUUACGCGUGUUCUUCCCCACGCGUAUCGCCUUUAUUUGCAUCCCAUAUCUAUCCUAUAACUGUAACACAGGCCAGGGGAAUGCCUACUUUAACUGAAAUGCUAAGUUAAGGCUAACUUUAUCCACAGACUCAAAAGUUAAUACCAAAUUUUAUAAUGUAACUGGCUAUCUGAAACUAGGCUGUGGUAAAGGAGUGCGCUUCGCUUCUCAAAUAUCAGUUAUGUUUAAUAGUUCAGUCGGUAGAGUGCUUGACUGCAGAGACAAUACGCAGGGUCUUGAAAUAACCGAGAAAUGAAGUUACUUCCUUUGCCCCGCAAAUGGCUAGACCACGGAUGACGCCGUAAAAUGGCGGUCCCUUUUCCAGAAGGAAACGUAAAAAUAAUGCUCCCAACUAGUAGUCUCUUGCUGAAUACAUUGACACUCAAAUGAAGUGCAUUUUUAAAAGAGGUACUCUUUGGACAAGUAAGGAUUGAAAAAAGGUUUCUUGAGGGAAAAUUCCACACUUGAGUGAAAGCUGAAUUUGUUAACUGUUUGUUUGUUCCUUUAAUCAGGCUCUAAGCAGGAUGAAAGCCGAGUGGAAAGACAUUGAGUUUGUGUUUGUACAGUACAAGGACACUGGAUUAAGCAUCCUCUCCGCAGUGGAUGAUCUGCAGGUAAUAUUUCAAUACUUUUCUGUGUCUUGUGUCUGUUAUUUAAGUUGUUUUGAAGCAGUGUGUCUAUAGAGAGAAGUGUGACGUCAUGUUACUAUGGUUGCAAAAUUUCUGGAUCACAACAGUAGGGGGCUUAAGCAACGAUGACGGCGACGUUAACGAGAGCGGCAGAGUGUCACUGCCACCUCGUGCUCUCGCUCGCCUAAAGGGAAGAUACGGGAUUGCUCGCGAGUGCUCUCACUUCAACCGCGGGAGAGUGUCGCUGCCACCUCGUCCCGAAGCUCGCCUAAAGAAAGAUACGGGAUUGCUCGCGAGUGCUCUCACUUCAACCGCGGGAGAGUGUCGCUGCCACCUCGUCCCGAAGCUCGCCUAAAGAAAGAUACGGGAUUGCUCGCGAGUGCUCUCACUUCAACCGCGGAGAGUGUCGCUGCCACCUCGUCCCGAAGCUCGCCUAAAGAAAGAUACGAGAUUGCUCAGAUAAGCCUGCGUUGAAGACAGACUUGUCGCUGGAGUCCCAGUUAGAGAACUCGAUAGAGCCUAUAUCGGGGAUUUAGACUGUCUGCAACACAGGCUAGCUCAGUAGUGCCCUUGUUUCUAGCGUUUCGCGGCGUCUUUGUUCACCGAUCACAUAUCAGGCGUGUGCUAACCAAUUAAAAAAAUAAGACAUUACUUACAGAGUGGGCAAGUCUCCUUCGGUAGACUGAGGCGACUUUUGAUCUUCAAACAAUCAAAUUUCACAUUCGUUUUUAUCCGUUGGCCAAAAAUGUCGCAUGUCCAAUGCUUGCUAGCCCCUCAGCACAUUUGGUUCAUUAUCGACUGAAUCUACUUGUACUUCUAUUAAACCGCUGGUCGAAAACGUUGCCCAUCCUACGCUUGGUUGGCACACAGCAGAUGUCGCGCAGAAUGUUACACGGAAUGCUCUAACUCGUAGCCAUGUCGAGUGGAUGAUAUUGCGCCAAUAUUGCACCGUAUAUCCAAAGCCUCGCCUGAAUGUAGUUAUGUCUGUUAAUUUGCAGGUUUUGCUGGAUGAUCAUAUUGUAAAGACGAUGACAAUGAAGGGAUCCCCCUUCGUCGUUCCCUUUGAGGCUGAACUGAAAGAGUGGGAAUCUAAACUAGUAAGUUUAACUCUGACUUUCUUUCCUUUUCUGUUAACUGACAUUUUUUUUUAUAAUUUUCGUGCAGUUAUUUCCAAGGUUCAAGGUUUCUGCGAUUAUUCUUCUGCCUGUUAGCUUUUAUAACCUAGUCUUUAAGGACAAAUCACCCUGGUUCACCAUUACGAAACUCGACUAGCCUUUCAGUGAAAACCUCAUUUUUGUAGAACGAAUUUCGGUAUCCUUUAUCGAGGACCAAGAAUCUGCAAUUCGUUGCCUAUUUCACUAACUAGCCCGUCCAUAUUUUUUUUCAAAAAACUGACGAAUUAUCUCAUUGAUUGUCAGUCUGGCGCUUAGUUUUUAUGUCUCUGAACACUCUUAACCAGGUAUUCAGUAAGGAAGCUCAUUAAUAUAAGCUCCUAGGUUCGUUAGGCUUCCUAGAAAUAAAUAAGUAAAUAAAUAGAGAAAUAAGUAAAUAAAUAAAUAAAUAAAUAUAUAUAUAUAUAUAUAUAUAUAUAUUUAUAGAUAAAUACCUAACUUUCCCCUCAAAUGUUUCAACCUUGUUUUGCCGUCAACUAAUGAAAUUUGUUCCUUAUAUUUUAUUUUAUCUGAUAUUAGGUCAUGUCAAAGUGUUCUUUUAUAUGUAUUUCGAUGCAGUCGCGUUCAAUACGAUUUCUGACAUUAUUUUGUUUCAGAAUCUGAUGCAAGACAUUGUAGAAUCCUGGUUAAAGGUUGGUUCCAAUUCUUUACAGAGAGUUUAUCUAACAAUAACAAAUGUAUUGUAUUGUUUACACAAUGCCUUUAUUUUUGUGCCUGUUUCAAUUCAUUGGCUCGACUCAUUUUGUCAAUAAAAUAGUUCUUCAAAAGGUUAAGAUGUACUACUAUUAGUGCCCUACCUGGAAGGAAAGCCAGUACCUCGCAGGGAGUUUCCCCUGGCAGUGUGUCGCUAUCCUGUUCCAGGCUCCAAGAUCGAGUAAACGUUGCGCGAAAACCGCGUGGGGGGCUGGGAAAGGACAGGAAGUGGAGCCUUUGCCUCUUGUUAGCAUUGUUUUCAUUACCCCAUUUCCGGUUUUUUAGCUUCCAGUAUACCGAAGAGUCAAACAAACAUGGAGAGCGGGUGAAACCCUCCUACACCGCACAUUUUGACCUUUUUAAAGGGAAUCGGUUUUUUUGCAAUUCGUUUGAAAAGUGGGCGGACUAAUGUAUUUUAAGAGGUGCUUAUUGCCUCUCCCCGUCUCUCUUCCUGCUGUUUUUCGCUCGCUCGAUUUUUCGCUGCUCGAUCACUUUUUUCGCCGGUCUGCACUGACCUUGCGUCCGGUAUAGGCUAGUUUGUCACUGGUUCCUCUGGGCGGAGAAAGGGCUUUAGAACCAAACUUGCUUUUCGAAGCAGACAAUGCGAUUUCUUGAGCAAGGCUCGACCGCUUGACAUCCAAAUGCGGAGUUGGACAAGCUAACCUGUACAUUACCUCCUCUACCAAUCGUCUCCAAGACUAGUUGUAGGCGUGGCUGACUUUGAUUUCCACAUAUCCUGAAAAUUGCACGCAUGACUAGUUCGCGCUGACCUCACCAACACUUUGAACUCUUAAGUUUUUACUCAAAAUGGUCUAUUUCCCCAUGUUUUAUUUUCUGGUGUACCCCAGCGUUUCAAGCUGAUUUCCUGGCCUUUCCCUUGUCAUUAGGUUCAAGCGUCAUGGCUGUAUUUGGAACCCAUUUUUUCCUCCGAGGACAUUCAAGCACAAAUGCCUGAAGAAGGAGAGAAGUUCCGUACGGUCGACCAAUACUGGUUCGUUAUUUUUUUAUUAUUUUUGCAAAGUUUACCACAACUAGAAAGAAAAGACGCCUAUCUGCUGGGGUUAGCCUUCCAAAAAAAGAAGGAAAAGAAAGCGUAGUUGUGCGUCGAUUGGGGAGUGAAACACAAAACUAUUGGUUUUAUCGACUGAUCAUGGGUUGAUUAAGCCAGUUCUAUUAUCUCAUGGGAUGGAAACGCAGUUUAGCUGUAAUCUGUUAAACUGCGUUGUUAGCCAAAUUAAUGAGCUGAAUUGCUAGGCUUGUUGUUUGUAUUCCUGCGCUGAAGUAUCGUUUUCUUUGUGGUUAAAUAUCUCAGGAGAAAGAUCAUGACUGAAUCAGUAAAGGAUCCACAUGCUUUGGUGGUGACGGCACAGUCUCAAAUGUUAGACAAGUUACAGUUGUCAGAGGUAAGGCGGGCUUCUUUGAUGUUUCAUAAUGCGGUACUAGGUAUGGUGAGCAAGCCCACACCCAUUUUACAUAAAAUUGGCCACGCUGUAAACUAUGGAAUGAAUGCGCAAAUACAGCCACAUUGCAGUGGAUGCAUAACGCCUAGUGACGCAAUACGUGCUCUGUCUGUUCAACACUCUCUAACUCAUUGAACCGGUCUGAAACGUGGACAAUAACCUCAUGGCAACAGCAGCCCUUAGACGGAAAAAAUCCUAACUUACUCCGACGUGUCCAAAAUAUCCAUUUUCACAAGAAGGGCUGUGCACAUGGCCUUAUUUUGAAAUUGGAGAUUUCUGGAACUCGGAAAUGGCCUAGUGCCAUCUCCAAUGAACUUUUUUAGCUUCUAUGUUUUGUUUUCCCUUUUCAGACCACGUGAUGGCACCUCGGAGAACUGUUUCUUUCAUAUGUCGUUCUGUGAAGGUGCAUUUCUCGAGGGCCAAAUGAUGAUAAUGAUGUGCAACUGGUGUUGCUCAUUUCAAUCAGGCACAAUACACAAUUCAACACUUGCAUAGUCAUGCCGUAUAGUACAAUGCUGGUUUUUUUUUUCGGCUGGCGAAGUGGCCCCGUUACUUACUUCUCUCCCUUGUUAUUUAGAGCCUUCUUGAAGACAUACAAAAAGGAUUGAAUGAAUACUUGGAGAAGAAACGCUUGUUUUUCCCGAGGUAUUGUUUCAAGUUUCGUUUUCUUUCAAAACACGCUAAUACCAGUGUUUUUUCGUUUACUGCUGAGGCUUUUUCCUCAUUGUUUCUACACUUUCUUGGUGUUUCCUUCAUUUGCUACCCAACAGAGUUUUGGAUAAUAGAGUCACUUGUUUGUCAAAUCUUUCUGGUAUUUUACGCUUAUUGUGUGGAUGACAUUUGACUCUUCCUUUGCGCCCAAGCUAGCGUGAUGGAACUCGACCACUCUGCUGAGAGCGCUUUAUCAUUUUAUUUGGCCGGUUCACGUCGGAAAAUUCUCAAUACUGUGAAAAUUCUACCUCGUAUUUAGGUUUUCAUUUUUUUCUAUCAGUUUAAUAGUAGAGGACCCUCCUUGAAUGACUCAGUGAGUGACUCCAAUGAAUCAUUGAUUGUUGGAUGAAGUACUGUUUAUUUCUUCUGCUUCGUAGAUUCUUCUUUCUAUCAAAUGAUGAACUGCUGGAAAUUUUAUCCGAAACUAAAGAUCCCCUGAGAGUCCAGCCUCAUCUGAAGAAGUGUUUUGAGGGUAUCGCCAAGUUAGAGUUUGACGAGCGCAAAGAGAUCAAUGCUAUGAUCUCUGCUGAGGGAGAGACGGUCAAGUUCGCGAGGAAGAUUGUUCCUGGGCAUGCGCGUGGCUUGGUGGAGAAAUGGCUGUUACAGGUUGUGUAGAGUAAAUUAGGGACGUUUAUGCGAGCGACGCACAUCUACCGGAAGUGAACUUUUGUCAUCGUGGUGCGUUAUUCUGACCACAUUUUUGGGCAAAUCGUCUCUUUGAGAGAAAAGAUACUUAGGGAUACAAAUUUGGUAUUGUCAAGGCAUAUUAAAAUGGAAAAAGAGGUCACUUCCGAUUGACUUGCGUCGCUCGAAAACAGCAUUGCCUAAACUCCCUAUUGUCUAGCUUUUGUAGUUGCUUAAUAGUUUACUCUUCAGGGAAAAAGGAACAAAUGGUGAGAUGUUCGUAUCUUAUCUCCUGCGUUGCAUUUCAAGCUAAAUUGCAAAAAAAAAGGAAUCUGCAGAACAAAACGGAACAAGUCGUUUGGGAAUGUAGUGGAGAAUUUUGCGAAUGGAGUGGAUUGCCUUCAGUCAUUCUGCAAAAUUUAGUUUUCUAGCUGUUGGUUCUUUUAUGUCGUUUUAUCACUUGUGGCUUAAACUCAUUAUGAUGUAGCAUAGGUUGUCUUAGUGUGCUUUCUAAAAGUCAGAAAGAAAUCAUAAGUAUGAUUUCAGACCAAAAUUGAUUCAUAACAGAUGUGAUUUAGAGCAAAACGUAGUGUAAUCACACAGCUCAAAGCCAAUCAAAUUGUAGGGAUCACCAUUGGUUUCAAAAUGGAUAAUAUAAUAAUUACUAAAACCUAUCACUGCCGUGCAUAUCAUUGAGGCUUGAUUAAUAGUGGAUAAUGGAUAAUCUUGAUUAAUGGUGGAAUUCGUCUGACGACUAGACCAAUAUGGCCAGCCAGUUCUGACAAAUCAAAUGGUGAGCGCCCGUAUAUUCAGCAGUUUUGAUAUGUUAACUAUUUUACCUUAAAAGUCCUGUCUUGUUCCCAGGAGUAACUAACGGGCAGAAAACAGAGAAAGAAGGGCAUUUUGGUAAGGAUGCAAAGUGGCCCCAAUGCAUCCUUCCCAACACACCAUGCGUGCCGCUUUCGAGCAACAGGGAUGCCUGGGAACGAGCGAGCUCAUAGUCUACCUUUUCUUUACCUUCUCAUUGUUCCUUUUAAUAUUUAACUAUAGCUGGUGCGACAUCGGUAAAAAUUUAACCGACGAAAUAAUGCAGAUGAAGAUGAAAACGAACCGGAUGCAAACACGUUGUAAACUUACGUUCAAAUUGUUGAAUGACAGAUUGAACAGGUGAUGAAACUCAGUCUUCAAGAAGUGAUGUCUGAAGCGGUUAACGCUUAUCCACUAAACCCCAGGACAGAAUGGGUGCUAGCCUGGCCUGGACAAGUGGUACUGGCUUCCAGUAUCAUAUACUGGACUAUGGAAGUUACUCAGGUACCAGUCGAACAGACACGUUUCCCUAAUGACUGACUAAGAGUCACCCUUGGGGAGUGGCUCAUUGACUGCUAAAUAGAGUUAUCGUAACAUGUGGGGUUCCUCAAGGGUCGGUCUCAGGCCCCCUACUAUUAUUACACCGUAGUAGUAUUAUACACCGCUCCUAUUGCUGACAUCAUUAAGCCUCAUCAUCUACAGUACCACUUCUAGAAAAUGAAGACGAUGAAAGAGGCAAAUCAGAUCUAUCCCACGACAAAUUGGCCUCAAAAUCGCUUCACUUAUUCAUGUGUCAAAAUGACCGUUUAGUAAACGUGAGCACAGUAAAAAUAACUUUUUACAGUAUUUAAGUGAAAUGAUUUCCGGGACUUUGGUAGAUGACCGCUUUAUGGAGGGUGACCGCUUAAUAGAAGUUCGCUUAAUACAGUUGACUUUACAUACUUACAGACAUAUACUUAUUUACUGACUGGCUCUGUUACUAAGAUCGCACUUUUUUGCAAAACGUUUGUAGGCGAUGUCAGAGAAAGAUGGCUUGGAGAAUUACUACAGGAAAAGUACUAAACAAAUUGAGGAUAUAGUCGAGCUUGUUCGAGGAACACUGUCUACAAUGUCACGAAUCACCUUAGGAGCGCUCAUAGUUAUUGAUGUCCAUGGUAUGUUGACUAUUCCACUCGAUUGCCAUACUUACAAGGCCAAAAUUCAUGAGCAAUGUAGUUUAAACUGUCAUAAAUUGUGUCUCGCAUUCUUUUUCGACAGAUGAACUGACGAACAGAAGAGUUUGCAAAACACAUAAAGAUGCAAACAAGUGGCUUCAAACUUGAUGAAAUACGAUUUAUUAGGGCUGAAAAGAUCAUAGAUAAAUUAUAGUCAUGAUAGAAAGGAUUGUAGAUUGUAGAUUCGGAUGAGUUGUCGGUUACCUACUGAUUAUCCCUUUUUGUUUCGUUUUCAGCGCGUGACGUGGUGGCGAAGUUGAAGGAAGAUGGCGUGACAAAUCCAAACGAUUUCCACUGGAUUAGUCAAUUGCGUUACUACUGGGAAGCCAAGGCUGUGAUGGUUCGAAUGAUCACCACAGCCGUUAAAUAUGGCUACGAAUACCUUGGCAACAGCGGGAGACUAGUUAUAACACCUUUAACAGACAGAUGUUACAGGUUUGUUGUGUCUUUUAGAUGGUUACCAUUUGAACCCGUCGGCCUUAAAACCCCUUGGAGACUUCAUGAAGUUUACACAACGCAGUAUUCCUUAUCCCUCUUACACUACACAUCCACAGUACAAGGGAAGCCGAAGCGAUCAGGACUACUACGUUGUGUAACUGCAUAAGGGGUCCCAAGGGUUUUUAGGAUAAUGGGAUCUAAAACUGACCAUUUUAGGAAACGUACACUUAUUACCUUCCAAUGCCAUGCUCAGAUUUCACCUGUAUAUUCAAACUCAAAGUAGAUCGACUGCAAAUUAUAGUAGUUGCUAAAACACAUAUCUACCUGUCCCAACUGUUCAUCAAUAGGAUGCCUAAAAUGCGUCAAUGUAGUUGUAGAAUUAUCGGCAUCAGUGGGAAUAGUUUGCUAGCGUAAGCCCUUAUCCAGUAUUGUCCAUUCUCAGUUUAAGAAUAUCUGCCAUUGUUUUCUAGAUCAUUGUACCUCUGUUAUUAUGUUGUGGUUUUACUUUGGGGCAACAAGUAGCUACAAUCGGUGACAAAAUUGUUGAGAAGGGGUAACUUCGGAGAACAAAACAAUCCCCACCCCUUCCCCUCCCCUCCAUUCAAAGUUGAGGUGUUCGUUGUUUUCUGCAGGUAGCACGAACAGCAGCGCAACGUUACGUGGAGAGGGUAGGGGAGGGAAAGCUUUGAUUCCCUUUUUUACAUUGGCUAAAAGUUAGAGGGCCUCUCAGAGCCAAGUGUCCUAAAUAAUUUUGCCGCCUAUUGUAGCUAUGUUCGUGUUAAUUGAUAAUCCUGUGUUGUGUUAAGUUGGAACAACACAAGCUCGCAUGUGCUCUCAGCGGUUUCAAGCUUUUGUAACUUGUUCCUUUUAUAUCUCCUUGUUUACAGGACUCUGAUGGGUGCUCUGCUGUUAAACUUGGGAGGGGCCCCCGAGGGACCUGCCGGGACAGGCAAAACAGAAACCUGCAAGGAUCUUGCAAAAGCAGUUGCGAAGCAGGUACGGCUGUCAACAUCGCUGUUGGCCAAAACGCCAUACUAGUAAAAUGGCAUAUAACACCAAAUGAAUAAGUAUUAGGUGAGGCACGAGGCCCACACUACGGCCAUUAUUUCCAGCUCAGUAGCUUCAGAGAAACACCCAAGAAUACUGCUACAUCCGUGGUUGGGAUACCUUUACAUUCCACAGUGACCUGCAGCAGUUUGUUCGCGGUACCCAUUGAUACACCCAAGUGGAAAGAGUCCAUUUGAAACAAAGACGCUUGUCAAUGCUUGGCUUGUUCAUGUCCGAAGCCGGACCUACAGAUCUGAACUCCGGCCUGUACAAGAAAUAAAUUGGAAUUCAACAACUAAAAAGCUAAAGAAUACUUAAAAUACAAUCCUUUUAUAAGACUUGCUUUAAAGCGUAAGGGUAACUGGCUUGUUUGGGUUGUCAAACGUUUCGAAGAUUCUUUAACUCUGGGCAGAAGAUUGUAUAAAGGAUGGGUAGCCCUGUGGUUAAUUGCAACAUCGCAUAUCUUGUUUGUGUCUGACUCAAAGGAAAAGAAUGGUGUUUUAAGUCAAAACGUCCUCUAACCUCGUUACUCAUGUUUUGUUUUCCCACAGUGUGUAGUGUUCAACUGUUCGGAUGGACUGGACUACAAGGCCAUGGGAAAGUUUUUCAAGGGACUCGCACAGUCAGGAGCCUGGGCAUGCUUUGACGAAUUUAACAGAAUUGAACUCGAGGUUAGCUAGCCUGUGCAAUAUAGCCUGUGGUUACAUCGCUCUGGCUUCGGAAACAGUCGGGAAGUGUCUCAAAGACAGUAACUCGACUGAAGUAACAACCAAGCCGUUGCAACAGAACGGGAACGUCAGUUGACGACGGGAAAGGACUGAACUCGACUUCUGGUGCCAAAUUUACCGCCUUUCCAUUGGUCAAGCCAGUUGUUUGAUUUGCGCGGCCCGUCAUCAACUGACGUUCCCGUUCUGUUACUAAAUCAGCCUACUGACCGGAGUAUUGCGACGGGCAUUAUUAAUCAGUUUCUUGAAACCUUUAUAGGAAACAAGUUGGCGAACAAGGACGCGUAACUGACAUUAUCAUUCGAUGCAAAUUUUUCUUCCUUUUCAUUGGCCGAAAGCCGACCACGUGACCUGCAAAUAACUGCCUACAAAUAAUGGUCUGCUCAUGCGCAAUGUCGUCCAACUGUGUUUGGCUGCAAAUAAUAUUCUGCUCAUGUGUAAACGAAACCACGCUUUUCUCCUUCUUGCGAUCGUUCUUGUGUGAAAAAAGGCAGAUCGCUUCGCUUCCCGAAGAUGGUCGUUAAAAAACAAACUUAGUGAUCGAAUGAUAAAACAAUUAUGUAACUCGGUUAUCACAAAAUAAUUGUUAAUUAUUAACAAGAUGAACUAGACUGAAUGCUACGUGUGUUUUCAGGUGCUGUCAGUGGUUGCUCAACAGAUCUUGACUAUUCAGCGAGCCGUCAUGGAACAAGUCGAUAAGUUUGUGUUUGAGGGAACGGAAAUUUCUUUGGACCCAUCUUGUACCAUCUUUAUUACCAUGAACCCAGGCUAUGCGGGACGCGCUGAACUUCCCGAUAAUCUGAAGGUAAGCUCAAUCAUAUGCAUCGCACUUGCGGAGUUCUACUUAAUAUACCCAUCGCCUUCACCGAUCAAGCACCUCCUUUCUCCUUAUUUCCUCUUGAUAUCAGUGUGUAUCUUCUUUACACUGUUGUCCGUUGAUUUCCAGUAGUUAUGACAAGGAAAAUUUGUUUGACAAUCAGGGACUGUUUUUCUCGUAGAUCAUCACCUAUCACUAGAUGUUCUAGUCUUCUCAGAUAAGGGCGAUAAACAGUAGGCCCCGUUUAAGGAGGCAGCAUGGCCGAUUGGUUAGAGCGCUGCACUUGCUAUUCGGAGGCUCCUUGUUCAAGUCCCGCUCUGACCACUACCUGGAUUUGUUCACGGUAGUCACGAGUUCAAAUCCUCGGCCACGCUUGUAAAUAGCCAGCUGGUUUGCCUUCGGCCAUUUGGGAUUUGAGUUGAAUUAUUUGUUUCAGGCAUUCAGGCACUCGGCCCCACUAGCAUUAGUGCUAUAAAAUACCGCCGAAGGUACUGAUAACGGAAUUAUUUAUUUUAUUAUUUUACGACCCUUGCACAUAUAAAUUCUGUGGGACGUUGAACCCACACACUGUUCGGGAGACGUAGGCCGACUAUCUAUUGGGGGGAGGGGUCUGUUACGGGCCCCUAGUAAUUGGCGUCAUCCGCUGUUGCGGUGACUCUGCGAAAUUUGGCGAACCUUAAGUAAAUAAAUAAACUAUUUGCUCAUGUCCCUAAUGUUUCCGUGAAGAAUUCCCCUUCUUGAUGGCCUCUUUUAACCUGUUAAACAGUUACUGACGUUUUAGAGACCUUUAGAUUCUAGGACGAGAACGACUACGAGGACGAGUUUUGACACCUCGGAAAACUUCAUUGUACUUUUUUGCUACCAGAAAAGUCAGCACUGUUAUCUUUAUUGAAAGAGGUUAAGCCCUUUCUCGAUUGCAAAAUAAUAAAACUUCUAACAUUUGGUAACUUGUUUCCGCCACUACGACAUACUCGCUAAAACCCGUAGUAGAAUGACGACGGCUACCACAUUUUCCCGCCAAAAUGACGCUGACUCACGCGUGAGAAAAUCUCGCACUCGUAGUCGUCCUCGUCCUAGAAUCUAAAGCUCCCUAUUUUUUAUCAAUAUUUAUAGGUUCUCUUCCGCACAGUUGCCAUGAUGGUUCCAGACUAUGCACUGAUUAGCGAGAUCAGUUUGUAUUCCAUGGGAUUUGUCAAUGCUCGAAGCCUUUCCGCCAAGAUCGUGGCAGUCUACAGACUCUGCUCUGAACAGGUGCGUUGACAGUUAUAUUUCCUACCUGAAAAAAACCUUAGUAGUCAUAACUUAAGACCCCUCAAAGGCCCCUCUCUGGGGUGGUGUGAUCAAGUGGUCAGCGCGUUGGACUCGCAAUCCCGCGAUCUCGGGUCGAGUCCCGAUGUGACCACUAAGUGACGGACCAUUACAAAAGUGUAGGGGGAGGUGGUGGAGUUUCUACUUUGUAUGUAAAUGUUUUUUGGUUCACCAUGUGUGAAUGUUUUUUUACGUGAAUUUUUUUCAUGUAUGUUUUUUUUCCCCAACCCUGUCACUUUUCUAGCUUAUUGUCGGUCCCUAACUGGAGUUGUUAGUUCUUCAGUACCCUUGUAAAUAUCCAACUGGUUGUCUCUUGCCAGUUGUCGGUUUUAGCCAUUUUAUGUUUCAUUGAGCUUAUUUGCGUGGGUUCUUUUCCGCUAUCAUAAUCAAAGAUUUGCAUUUACAUAUUUUGACUAGAUGUACAGUCUAUUUUUAAAAAGAACGUUUCCAUUUGCUCAUAAAGGAAGUAAGCGCGCCUACACUUUUACUUCUCUGUGCGUCAACUCCCUUUAUUCUAUAAUGAGAGGCUUUUUCCGUUGUGCUCUGAGGGAUUAGAUGGAUUCGAUAUAAAGGCAGGCAAUUUCUAUUUACUGAUCAAAAAUGUUUCUUUGAGAUUUUUGAUUGAACGGUCUGCAAAGUAGUUUUUACGAUUCCAACAAUACCGAAAGGCGAAAAUCACAGUACAUUAUGUGAUGCAAACGUGACUGGAUCGUUAUACGUGAGCAAAUAUAGAUCUGACUGAACUUGAACUUUCUUUAUCGUUUACUUUUUAAACAGGUGCACGCUACUGCCAGUCACUUUCAUGCGCUUAAUCGUGUAAAUGAACCGCGCGAGUGCGCUGUAAAAUCGCUACCUUUAACCAGGAGAGGUAAAUUCACGCGCGACGCUCCGCGCAUUAAAGAACUACUACUAGCCUACCGGUAAAUAUUAAGGAGCACGAUGCCGUUAGAUAGAUAGAUAGCUAGAUAGGUAGACACCUUUAUUUAAACCAUACCUGUGAUUUCUGAGGACUACCUUCAGGGAGACUACAAAGCAUCCCUGCUAUCAGUAGGAGCCCUGAGGUCACUAACUAGACAAAAGAAUGGAUUUUUAGUUUCUAUCAUUCCAUGAAAACGGAAAUUUCACCGUGUCAAAUUCAAGACACCACUAAGGUUAAGUUUGCCUUUUCUAUCUCAAUUUGAAAAUAUUCCUACGAAUUUACACAUUGGAGGUUUCGAUCACGUAAGACAAACAGAACAAGAUGAAACAAUUCAAAGAGAUCUUAUCCAUGGCAUUGCUGUCCUAGCUUGUCAAUGGUCAAUAAUAACAAAAGCAAAAUACCGCUUUACCAUGAUGCGAUACUCUUUAUGUCGAAGGUAAAUCAUUCUCAACGUAAGCCAGUGUUCAAACUUGUUCGAUUCUGAAAAUUGCCUUUGUUUCCUAUCUCUAAUAGAAAAACUUGUUCAACUUGAGAACGGAUAUGACCCACAUAAUACACCAAAUUCUACGUAUAUGUUGCAGUUAAUUUUUGAUUUCAAUUGAUUUUUGUAUUUUCUUUGUUUUCAAAUUCAUUAGCAAUAUUACCAUAUCCCUAAACAAAGCCGGAAAGAACCUUCAUUUACAGAAAUAGAAAAUUAACCGCAAUAUGCUAUGAUGUAGUGUAUAUAUUCUGGUCACAAAAUAAAGUAAUAAUUUGCCUACUUAAGGUUUACACAUUUCAUUUCUAAUGUCUUGAAAUAGGUUAAUUGUGAGUUAAUAUUACUGAGUAACUUGAAUCUGACUCGUUGCCAUUAUUUUUGUUGAUUAUAGUACUAGCGGUUUUGACUUUGUAAUUAAACUUCAUUUUAUUUAUAUUCGCUUGAGAUCAUCUGGUUUUUUCAGUUUUCUGUAAAAUGAAUUUUGGUCUCUAUCUCGUUUGAUUAAACCCAUUUCUAAAACUUAUCUCUUAAUACAGCUGAGGGUACUGCCUGCAGUCAAUAAAACUUCAUUUUACGUAAGAAAGUGUGUUUAGUUGUAAGCAGCGUUGCUGAUAUGGGCCUAACCACAAACACCGAGUGAUGGAAUAAACAAUGAAUAUUGUAACGAUGUUUAGCAACCAGCAGGUCAACUAAAUUUGUAUCAUAUCGUAUAAUUUGACAAAAAUCGACGAGGGCAAUAUGUGGCUAUUCAAUAAUUGAUUUGAAUUGUGAGGGAAAGUCACACUGCUGUUGCAACUGACAGUUAUUUGAUUAAAAACCGAUAUUGGCAGGUUGAGUGAUAUUUAGAGUUCCGAAGCAAACAGGAUGUUAUCAAAACUUCGCUUUCGUCUAGUCAUAAACCACUUGCACGAAGCACCAUGAGAGUGGCUUAUAUGGUACCUUGAGUCAAUCGAAAGGGCAUAGAACUUUAAGCAGACGCGUGAUGAAUUCCACAGAUGAGCAAAAACACAUUUCAGAUCAUCAUCGAGAAACCAUCGUCUUCACAAACUGCGCAUUGAAUGUUCCAUUUAUGCUUGUAGCCGUGAUAGGAAAUGCUUUAGUCUUGGUGUCCAUGUUAAAAACACCUUCCAUUCGCUCGAUGUCGAAGACUAUGCUUGCUAGUCUCGCGUUUUCAGAUCUUCUUGUUGGUCUUCUGGCACAACCACUUUUCAUCGCGGAUGAACUUCAAAGCUUGAAGAAGAAAGAUCCCAUCUUAUACCGUCUGUCAGCAAUGAUAGGGUUUUUCGUUGGCGGAGUAUCUCUCGGUACAAUAACAGUCAUCACUGUGGACCGUUUGUUGGCCCUGCACUAUCACAUGAGACAUGUCCUCAUUGUCACUAAGACUCGUGUCAAAUACACCCUAGGAAUUAUCUGGCUUGGUAUGUUCCUUUCUUUAGGAGUUUACCUUUGGGACAAGUACAUAUUUCACUUUAUGGGAGGCAUUUUCUCUGCAGUGUGCAUUAUAAUUUGCACGUUUUCUUACAUUAGAAUUUAUCGCAUUGUUCGCUAUCAUCAACAUCAGAUUCACGUUCAGCAAAACGCCGUGGAAAAUGCAAGCGCGGGAAUCCAAAUACCUCUGGGGCGAUUAAAGAAAAGUGCAAUGAGUACAUUCGUGUUUUACUUUUGUAUGAUCGUGUGUUAUUUUCCCUACUUUGUGUUACUGACCUUGUUCGGAACAUUGCGGAUCGAAUGGAAACCGGAGUGGACAUUUUCUACGACUUUUGCGUGCAUGAAUUCGGCCAUCAAUCCAGUGUUGUAUUGCUGGCGUCUUUGCGAGCUCAGAGAAGCAGUAAUCAAAACAAUAAAACUGCUGUUACCUUUUCGUACAAAUGAAACCGGAGCAAGGUUCGAGGUGACUCGUAUUUGAAUCAGGGCAGUAUCAUUGAGUAUGACUUUAUUAGGGCUUGCGUCCGGUACUCAGCAAGUAAAUUUCUACAAUAGUAGCAGUUGCUAAAUCCUUCUAUUCAUUGUUGAAGUCGUUGUCCAAGCAAAACGUCAGUAGAAAAAGCUAAGUAAGACAUCUAUUUUUGCCUUGGUUCUGAAACGACUCACAACGUUUCCAUACCAGCUAAAGGAGGGAAUAUCUGCUUCUACAGGCGUUCUUCUUUCACGCAGCCUGGUCAAAAUGUUUUACAGUUGUAGGCAGGACAAAAAACUGGACAAUCAGAGUAUCAUGCGGCAAAGGCCAAUACUUGCGUUACUCUUGUUUAAUGUUAUAAGAUUUAAGUGUGGAGUAGGCGGCAAAUAUUCUACAGGAAGCGACCAAACCAGCGGCUCAUACUGACUGGGUUAGCACGAAUGACAAUCAUGUUAACAAUUUAACAAAUGUUAUUCAUUAAAAUAUCUACACGACUUUUUCGACUGUUGACCUUUUUUUAUGUGUGCGCUUUAACUUGAUAGCAUAUUAAAAGCAUAUUAAAUCUACAUUUCUUGGCCAUGCAGCCGUUCAUGAAAGGACCAAAGUCGUGAAACGUGACACGUGUCUGAAAUUUAUUUAUAAUAGAACAUUUAACAUAUCAGCAGUUGUGAAUGAUGUACAGCAGGUUUAAGUAAAUAUAUUUGUGGAAUUGUAGGACUUGACACCACCUGCUUGAUAUUGGCAUAGUGCAUUUCGUAACCUCUUACUUCUAGAUUCAGUAUUGGCACAUGCAUGUAAUGUGGAUUAAUGAACUGAGUCUUGCGUGGUGACCAUUCAAAUGAAACCUCUUCAGCAAUACUUUCACACGGCCUUAUUUGUUAAUUAUCAAUGUGCUCUAACUUUUGUGUCUUUUGCCGAAAUCCCAUAGCAAGUGAGCGUAAAUGAUAGCUUUUAAUUAUUGGCGGACCUUUUUUUGUAAAACUUGUAAUGAUAACCAAAUUAAUGGCAAGAAUACAAAUGUAGUUACGGACCCGUGGCCCGGGGGGUGGACUCCAAUAUGAAACAGGCGGGGAUGCUCGUCGUCUCGCUUAGGGGUCUAAAUUUUGGAUUUUGGUCUCGCUUAGGGUGUUCCGGGCAAAGCGUCAAUAUUUUAAGCCGCCAAGGUCUCGUUUAGGGUUCCGCGAAGAACUUGAGAUUUAUGAAAAUGCUUUUAAAAACUACUUUUAGAUAAAAUCAUUCGAUGAUUAUGUCUUUAUAUCAUUAAAACUCAUUGCAUGUCGUAUUUGUGUGUUUUUAAGCGGUCUCUUUUAUUAAUUGGUCUACUUUAGGGGUCAUAGCCACGCCCAGAUGGUCUCCUUUAGGGGUUAAAUUCAAAAUUUCCGACGAGCAUCCCCGUCUGUUUCAUAUGGGAGUCCCCCCCCCCCCACCCCGGGACCCGUGGAGGACGCGGGGGAGAUGGGGUGGAGACGUAUGACAUUUCAGACUAUAUUAAACAGUUGAUAAGGUGAUUUUCGGUUUAUGACCCUUCUUCUUCAGUGUGAGAAAAGAAGAACCGUUGUAGGUUUGUGUUCUUUUAAAAAAACAUUUCACGCUUUUUGGUAUUUCUUUACUGAAUAUCACCUCAUAACGAAACAUUUAAGGAUAAAAAGCAACGCUAUUAAAUCAUGACUUUUCAUAGACUCUUUCAUUUGUAUUUGAUAAAGGUGACAUGUCGUCGCCGAAACGUCAUGGCUUAGUAGCGUUGCUCUUUAUCCUUAAUUGAAUAUCACCUCAUCAGCUAUCUAAGUACAUGUGCACGCAUCCUUGACGGUUUUUCCGUUUAAAAUUCGUAUAAGAAAUAGUCACGUACUACAAAAUAUGGAGAGAAAUUUCAUCAGUAACAGUCAUAACAUAAUGAGGCAUUUUUAUCAGUUUUCAUGCGUGUUUACUUCAAAACUCUCGGCAUAAGUUAUCGUUGUGACACGACACGGCUGAGUUUCUUUCAGUUCUGUUUUUUUUUUAUGGGCGGAAAUAAUCUAAAACGUAAUAACUAUAGUAGGAAUAAACAGCCAAACGGAAUCAUUGUGAAGCGGUUUAAUAACCUGCAAAACGUGUUUAUCUACAGAGUUCAAAACGGGAAACUGGCCGGGGAGCGCGGAACGAGCACGUGGGGUAACCCCCCUGGCCGGGCUCGGAUUCAUGUAACAUCAAAUUCGCCCCAAGUUUUAACUAACUGCAAUUCGGGGAGGUUUUGCUUUAUUAAAAGUUAAAAUAAAAGCCACAGCACUGAAAGGUUGCAGUAAGAGUAGCAAUUGAGAGUAGAAGAACAUUCAUCGCCAAAACACGUCGUUUGCGAGCCAUUAUUUUUGUUUACGUGCUCAGUGCUCAUUAAUUAAUCUUGAAAAGUAUCCCCGGGAUGGCAAGGUUGAAAGAUUACAUGUAAACACCUCCAUGUUAGCCUGUGAACAAGCUCUUUGUUUGAGGAAGGGGUGGAAAAAUCUCGAGGAGAGCACCCUUUCCCUUCGCUCUCCUCGCGAUUUUUCCAUUCUUUCUUCAAACAGAGAGCCUGUUCACAGGCCACCUCCAUGUAAACAGGCCCUAUGUCACACUAACUUAUAAAUCGGCGGCCGAAAUCCUAUGGUGUUACCAUUCAAAUGCAACCUCUUCAGCAGUACUUUCACUUGGUAGUAUUUAUUUAGUAUGUAAUCCUAAAUUUUGAGUCUGUGGAUGAAAUCCCAUGGUGUUACCAUUCAAAUGAAACCUCUUCAGCAGUACUUUCACAUUGUGCUAUUAGUUUUGUAUGUGGUUCUAACGUUUGAGUCUAUGGAUGAAAUCCUAUGGUGUGACCAUAGGAUUCAGCAGUACUUUCACGGCACAUGGUACUAUUUGUUUUGUAUGUGGCUCUAACUUUUCAGUCUGUGGAUGACAUCCUAUGAAGUAACCAUUCAAAUGUAACCUCUUCAGCAGUACUUUCACAUGGUACUACUUGUUUUGUAUGUGGUUCUAACCUUUGAAUCUGUGGAUGAAAUCCUCUGGUGUGACCAUUCAAAUGCAACUUCUUCAGCAGUACUUUCACAUGGCACUAUUUGUUUUGUAUGUGGUUCUAACUUUUGAGUUUGUUGAUGAAAUCCUAUUGUGUGACUAUUCAAAUGAAACCUCUUCAGCAGUACUUUCACAUGGCACUAUUUGUUUUGUAUGUGGUUCUAACUUUUGAGUUUUUGGAUGAAAUCCUAUUGUGUGACUAUUCAAAUGAAACCUCUUCAGCAGUACUUUCACGUGGCACUAUUUGUUUUGUAUGUGGUUCUAACUUUUGAGUUUGUGGAUGAAAUCCUAUGGUGUUACCUUUCAAAUAAAACCUCUUCAGCAGUACGUUCACGUGGUACUAUUUGAUUUGUACGUAGUUCUAACUUUUGAGUCUGUGGAUUAACUCCUAUGGUGUUACCAUUCAAAUGAAACCUCUUCAGCAGUAUUUUCACAUGGUACUAUUUAUUUUGUACAUAGUUCUAACUUUUGUUUCUGUGGAUGAAAUCCUAUGGUGUUACCUUUCAAAUGAAACCUCCUUAGCAGUACUUUCACUCGGUACUAUUUAUUCAGUAUGUGGUUCUAAAUUUUGGAUCGGUGGAUGAAAUCCUAUGGUGUUACCUUUCAAAUGAAACCUUUUUGGCAGAACUUUUGCAUAGUACUAGUCAAUGCUUAGGAUUUUAAAAAAAAGAAAUGUCUGUGAUUAUUUAUUUAUUUAUUUUUACCAUUACUAGGAAUGAAAGGGUUAAGAGAGAGAUCUCUGUGCCAUCAAUACGUAGCUGACUGUGUGUUUUUUCUGUUAAACAGCUAUCCUCGCAGCAUCAUUAUGAUUAUGGCAUGCGAGCUGUGAAGUCUGUUUUGACCGCAGCUGGAAACCUGAAGCUGAAGUACUCUGAGCAGGAUGAGGAUAUUUUACUGCUUAGAUCAAUUAUGGACGUCAACCUACCCAAGGUUCGGUUUGUUUCACCUGCAUCCCAUUUAGCUUGUAACAGCGUUCUUGUGAACGAUGAGCGAAGCUGCGAAAGGCUUUAAGACUUUCAGACACUUUUAGCAGUACUUCUAUUAAUGGCUUCAAUAGGAAACAGGCUGCAAUUGACACCAGCAAUGUAACCGAUUUUUUCGCCUUGGGUUUAAACAACAUGUAGACGAGCCCAACUCAUUCCCACAUUUAUCUCAAGUGAUUCCUGUGCCAUGCGGUGCAGCACAAGUGCGGCAUUUCAUCGAGCGACUCUGCGCAUCUCAAAUUUAUUCCACCAAUUCUCCUGUUUUCUGUUAAUUUGGUUUGUUUGUUUGUUGGUUUGUUUUUUGUGUUUCUCUAUUUUUUUCUGAUUAAAAAUGUGCUUGUCCCAUGGACAACUUAUGUCCAAACUAAAUUUCUACCUGUCCCGGACAAUCGGACAUAGGUUGUGGCGCGCCCUGCUUAAAGUAACAGAAAACGGAGUGAUAACUUUAGUCAGGGUCACGUGUUUGUUUAUUGCAGUUCUUGUCACAAGAUUUGCCGCUCUUUGAAGGGAUCGUCUCGGACUUGUUCCCAGGCAUCUCUCUGCCAUCUCCUGACCAUGGAGUCCUGGAGGAGGCACUAAAGCGUAAUAUCACCAAGAUGGGACUUCAGGGUGUACCAUGGUUUAUUGAUAAAGUCAUACAGGUACUUAAUGCAGUGACUAGAGUAGGAUUUUCAGUGUGAAAGUCGGUGAAUAUUGGACGAGGAAGAUGUUAGUCGUUGUAAGAGCUGCAACUAAACUUAGAUGGAUAAUAAGAUUGCGGAACGAGAUUGUGCUAUAAUAUUAUUAAUAGUGACUAAAAGAUCAGAGAAAGGCUCAACACUUUUUGUCUUAAAGUCUUCAGUCGUUGAUGCAAAGAAUUCGCCCGUAAAAUGAAAAUGUUUUUCUAACGGCGAGGCAAAGUAUUUUUCCUUCUCUGCAUUCCUCCCCCCUCUGUGAAAAUAUGGACCUUUAAGUCAAACGCCAAACUUUUAGUCGUAGCGUCUUCGGCCGCUGAUGCAAAGCAUUCGACCUUAAAAUCAAAAUGUUCUUCGAAUGGAUGAGGCGAAGUAUUUGACCUUUGAUGCAUUCAUUUUUCUCUUUACCACCCGUUGAGGAAAAAGAAAGCAAUUUUCUUCCAGGAAGUCUAAAUCAGGCAUAAUUAUUCGCUUACCGAAACCUAAGCAUUUCAACUCUUGCAAUGCGUGCAUAGUGUGGUUCAUGUGAGGCCUCUCAGUAUACACUAGACCAAAUUUUGUAUUUUCCAUAUGCUGUAUCGUUGAUGCUAACUAACAUUUGCGGCAAUCAUGUAUUCAGUUGUUUUGUCCGGGAAAGGAUAGAUCUGUAGCCUUACAGUUUCGUGCGUUUGGGGUUUUUCACUUGUUAGGUGUACGAGAUGAUGUUGGUUCGCCACGGUUUUAUGAUAGUGGGUGAUCCCAUUGGAGGCAAGACAUCUGCUUGGAAAGUUCUUGCUGCAUCGCUUUCUGAACUUGGCAAAGACGAGAAUUCAGAAGAAGUAGCGGUAUGUCAGGGUUAAUUAUUAACAAAGAGUUUUCUUUUGCUAUAAAAUACGUAAAACAAAUAGUAAGGAGCAGCUGAAGAGGUUUCGUUGAAUACCAUAGGAUUCAUUUACCGACUAGAGCUACUAGAACUAAGACUAGAACUAGAACUACGACUUAGAACUACGUACAAAACAAACAGUACCAUGUGAAAGUACUGCUGAAGAGGUUUCACUUGAAUGGUCACACCAUAGGAUUUCAUCCACAGAAUAAAAAGUUAGAACUACGUACAAAACAAACAGUACCAUGUGAAAGUACUGCUGAAGAGGUUUCAUUUGAAUGGUCACACCACAGGAUUUCAUCCACAGAAUCAAAAGUUAGAACUACAUGCAAGACAAAUAGUACCAUGUAAAAGUACUCAGUACUUGGAAGGUUUCAUUUAAAUGGUCACACUUUAGGAUACUAUUUACACACUCAAAAGUUAGAAAGAAGUAGCUUGUCUUUACAGUUGACUCCGAGGCUUAAGGAAUGAUGUGGAAGGCAUUCAUCUCUUUCAAUGACUCAUGUUUGCUUUUCAGGUCCAGUAUCGAAUUAUCAACCCCAAGGCUGUCACCAUGGGUCAGUUGUACGGACGAUUUGAUCCUGUGUCGCACGAGUGGUCAGACGGUAACCAUAUAUUCGUUUCCUUUACGUUUCUUCCUUCCGAGUAGAGACCCGUCGAUCUUCCUAGAGAAGCUUCUUUUCCUAUGUUUAGAUGCCUUCAAGUUAGCUUACAAACUUUGGCUGCCCUUCGUUUUUGCAUCCGACUUCUCGGUGUCUGGGAGAGAUUGAAACACUCCUUUUCGUGCUUGAUAUAUUACUUCUCGGUGUCUGAAUAUCGGAUAAAAUACUCCCCUCUUGUUUGGCAUAUUACUUCUCGAUGUUUGGAUAUCAGAUGAAACACUCCUUCUCGUGCUUGCGAUAUUACAUCUUGGUGGUUGGAUAUCUUCGCCGUCGUCGCAUCUCAAGGUCCGUAAUUGGGGGUAAAGAGGCAACCCAGCCGACUGACACACCGUUAGCUUGUGACUUUAGUCAGCCUAUUUAGAAGAUUUACUAAUUUUUUACAUAUAUUCUAGGAGUACUUGCUAACACAUUCCGCGAGCACGCCAGUUCUGUCAUUGAGGACCGCAAGUGGAUCGUGUUUGAUGGACCGGUUGAUGCGGUGUGGAUAGAAAACAUGAACACCGUUCUUGACGACAAUAGGAAGGUGAGCAUCCAAGGUUGUACAAUGUGGUUCAAUAUAAAAAGGACACACUGCAAUUAAGUUAAGGGAAACCGCCCACCUACCCCUCCUCUAAGCCAACAUCUUGCACUAAGUGAGAAGUAAGUGUUAAUAUUGGCUUACAGGAGGGGUAGGUGGGCAGUGUCCACCAUGAUGCUCGAUGACUUGUCCGUAGCCUGCUUCUGCAUAAAAAGUGGCUGCACUUUAUAAAUGAUUACGUGCUACAGAAAUUAAUAUCUUCCCCUCUCUUCAAAUACGCAAGACAAAAUAUAGUAGAUUGCCUUUUACUCGAGCCACGUCCAGUUUUCUGUUCGAAAGUUUGUUGUUUAAAUGUGACCCACAGAACAUCUAGUUGUGGAUUAUUCGAAGGUAUCCGAUCGUAUAUGGGUUAACCGCUUCACUCAAUGAAAUAACUCAGUUUUCGUCCCCCCUGGAAGAUGAAGUAGUACUCAUGAAAUAUAAUUGGCGUUCUUACUGCAGCUUUGUUUAAUGAGCGGAGAGAUCAUUCAGAUGAGUUCUCAACAAAACAUGAUAUUUGAACCUCAAGACUUGGAACAGGCCUCUCCAGCCACGGUUAGCAGGUGAGCGCCUUUACUUUGACGAUCAUAUUCAAUGAGUUUUGUACACUGAUAGUCACAUUGUGCUUUUGCAUUUGAAGGUGUGGUAUGAUCUACAUGGAACCGAGUCAGCUAGGAUGGGAACCGCUCGUAGCGUCGUGGAUGGAGAAAGAAUACCCGCCUAAUCUUAGCCCUGCCAGUAAGAGCUCUAUACAGGUAAGAGUGUAAAAGAGGCUAUACAUUAUAAAAAAUAUUCUUCAACACCAACAAUUUGUCGAAAGUUUAACAGAGCUUUCAGAAUCCAUCCGGAUCCAUUCAUCAGUGUUGUUGUUGAAGAAUAUUUUUUAUAAUAUGUUGUCCCAACAGAAGAAUGUCCACCCUGUCAAGCUAGACAUUGUUUUUGAACCGUGCAGGGGCGUAGUAAGCGUGUAAGCUAUCUGGAUUUGUGCUCUGUAGUAUACGGUUUCAGGUAGUUUUGCCUACAUUAGGAUAGAAUAAUCAAAGUGGUUUAAGCCAACGAAAGGAAAAGGGAUGUGUAGUACUGUCUUUAGUGGGAACCGAAACGGCAACUUCUGACGAAAAUGUCUGGUGAAUAGUAAAAGGUUUCAGGCCCCAUCCAGACUGGGUCCCAUCCAGUCUGGGCCCCAUCGAUAUUCUACGAACAACACACUACAGAGACCCAGCUUGCCUUGGGGUCAUCCCUAAACUCGGUUAUUUCUUUGUAGUGCACGAGAAAUGUUAAAGUAGUCAUUAUUCUACCAUUCUAUGAUACUUUUACUAUGAUCGAUCGAGAGCAAUGCUUUCCCGUUACUCUGCCUUUCCUUCGUUGUUGAACAUUUUAAAGUCUAUUUUUUCGUUCAUUAGAUGAUGUUUGAUUGGUUGAUUCCGCCAUGCCUGGACUUUGUUACCAGACAAUGCCGUGAACUCGUACGAACCUCGCCGAUGCACAUGGUCAGCUCAAUGUUGACAAUGUAUUCCACCCUCCUUGAUGAGUUAAGGCAAGUAAAAAAUAUAUAUUUUAAAGAAAGUAUAAAAGGAACCUUUUAUUCUCUCUCACAUUUUACACCCCUAAUGCUAAUUCUCGCGCACUUAUUCGCGUACUAUUAUUGUCACAGAUAGAGUAGAUAGAUAGAAAUAUGUGCAAACUGAUGCCAUAGGUAAAAUUUUGCAACUUUUCUAAAGUUCUUUUAAAUCCUACAACUCCUCAAAGAACAAAUCAUUCAAAAUUGGCAGGAUGGAACUUGUUAAGAAGAAGUUACAUCUCUCUUAACGGAAACGUUUGUUUUUGACAGCACCUUCCUAAAACGGACACCAAGAGCUAAUCCUUGUCGUCGUUCGGACUGUAAUUUGUUUAAUAUAUAGAUUUAGCCAGGGCUAAAAGCAUGGAUAAUAGUUCCUAAAGUAAACAAGCUUUUGAACGCGACGACAAUAGCCACACCAUUUCUUGCGUGAUUUCCCGCCAAAUAAACGCGGGUUGUACCAAUGCAUCGCACGAUUUCCCGACAAGAAAAUAUAACUCCUCCCCCUAACGGGCUGACACCUGAUUCCCUUCCCUCACCCCCAAAGAGUGUAUGGACGGACGGAGUACGCUGACGUCACAACCAAAAUUUCUCGGAUGUAUCCGCUCGCGCGCGCGAGGAGCUCCGCUACCAUUCUCUGCAAAGCGGACAUCUUUCUUAGAAGUCACUUCGUGGGGUGCCAAAGGUGUCCUUCGUAGAGAUUGGUAACUGUAGGUAAAAUGGAACCACGGAUCUUCACAAGACGAAGUAUUUUUUAUUAUUAUUGAGGAUCGAGACCAGAACAAGCUCUAUAGAUCCAAGCACCGUUCUUUUGCUUAACCUGUCGAAAAAACACUAAAGGUGGAUUUCCACUGUCGCGUAAUUUUUACGUUUACGCGUGACCCUCCAUAAAUUUCCUCUGUUUUAUUUACGCGCGUACGCACGAAAAAAUUACGCCCUUAUGGAAAUCGAUCCUCAGGAAGCUUGAAAGUGAAAUCCAAGACACGUACAUCGCGGGUUGUUUUCUUCCGCACCUUUAGAGAGCCACCCCAGGAAGAGAAGACAAAGACAGUGAUGGAUGAAGAAGAAUUUGAACAAAUUAUGGAGGAGAGGCCUGCCAGGACCGAGGCUGAGAUCAUGCAGUGGCUCCAGUCCCUUUUUCUGUUCUCUCUCUGUUGGAGCAUCGGCGGGAACCUGGACACUGAUUCUAGACUUAAGUUCAGUGACUUCCUUAAAGUUCUUGCGGCUGGCACUAACAAACAGCACCAAAGGUUUGUGUGAGAAACAGCGUUUGUAAAAAUAGAAAGACGCUGUGGAUUAUUAUAGUAUGAGAAUUAUAAAUCGUGAGUUUAAGUUCACACGUGUCAAUGUUGGACUGUUUUUGAUGUAAAGGAGCUUGGCACCAGUUUGGAGUUACAGUUUUAGAAAGAAAUCCGUGAAAACAUUGAAAAAACGCUGUUUGGUGGAACUGGCUACUUUUGACGUUUGAGGUUGAGCCAUUUUACGGAAAAUUCCGUUUGGUUAAAAACAAGCUUGUACUCCUCCCCUCCCCCAAACCUAACAGAAAAGUUGAGUUACUUGUGGGUGAAGUAGAAGAUUCCCUUUUAGCUGAUUAUGUACGAAACUAUGAAAAAACUUGGAAGUUGCGACAAAUUUUCCCGAGGCUAACUUUCCUUAAGUUGAUAAACCUCUUUAAGUUAAGUUACACUUAAAAUGGUAACCAGUUGUAGCCCUUUCUCGCUUUUUCAGACCAAAAGACCUAAAACUGCCAAAAAGUUUCCAGUUUCCUGGCAAGGGAGUCAUUUACGACUUCUUCUUUGAUAAGUCAACCUUUGGCACGUGGCAUCCAUGGGAGAAAAACGUGUUCGUUGAGGAAAUUCCAGCCAAUGCGAAGGUAAAUACAGUACAGCCAGGCCUCUCAGUAAAAGUUAUUUACCUAGACUAGGGUAACAAAUGUAGUGCUUCUCUCGUGUCUGCCUUCGGUUCAAAUUCGUGGUCUUCCCGCAGCUUCACAUUUUCAUGUCUUUUUUUCCUUUCAAUUCCACCUUCCGUUUUGCUAUUUUGAGCUGUUCUAACCCCGCUGAAACAUUCCACUUCGCUUUCCGCCAUGUUUGUUUACAUUCGCGUCCCCCCAAAUAAUUCCCAUAAAUGCACGCGCGCCACUAUUUUGGGUCCCAGGCUAUCACUCUUUCUCGAAGUGAGCUGUUAGACGUACCGCCCUGCAAGCAGAGCCUGGUUUUGAUUUCUUGAGAAAACGAGACUACCUGAAUCGCUUCAAGCUUUGAAGCCGCUGCAGUCCAAAGAUCUUUGACUAGUCAACCUUGUUUUCUCUCGUCAAAAUGGUUUUUCGAGUGCGAGCAUCCGUUUAGUGAUAAACCGACGGUCAUAACUGAGCCCACUUUCGGGACUGUUAGGCCUGGAUUCUAAAUUGUGUCAUAGCAACAUGCAGCGCAUGCUUAACAGAGAUGUUACUCGUGUCAUGCAGAGUCUUUCUCGAGUACGUCAAAAUCUCGCUAGCGAAAGAAGGCUUUGUAGGCAGGCUGCAGCAGUGCUAUCGUCUUUAGUGCCAAGUACUCUUUGGAUACCUAUAUCCAGAAAUCAAGAGAUCAUAAGAGGACCUAUUAUUUUCAUAAAAUGAAGAUGUAGUCGACCGUCGCACGCCACGAACGAAAGAAGAAGCAUGGACGCCUUGAGCUUUUGUAAAAUGUGGUACCCAGACCGCGUGCGGCCGCGCUCUGCACCAGCAAUAGGGACUUUAAGAUCUAACGACGCGACGGUAACGAGAACGUCGCUUAAAAAGUGAAUUUGAGUUCCUUCAUUGUUAAUAGCGAUUAUUCCUCCCUUUUUACUUUGUCAAAUGUAGGCGAACCCUCCUGAAGCUGAAUUCAAAGGGACCAUAUCCCACCUCAGAAAGAGAAAUAAAAUUUCGUCGUUGCUUGUUUACGUCCUCCAUAAAACGCCAAAUUAGGCAUUUUCACGUCGUAGUCGUGCAAAAACAGGACAGAAAUGCACAAAAAAGCGUGAUACACGUGCGAAGUUGUUGUUUUGCUCAGUUAUUAAACCAAUUGUUUUUUGACGUUCCUGUUGCCGUCCGCGUCGUUGGAUCUUAAAGUCCCUAUUGUGAGUAUUAGUUGGAGAGGAAGUGAUGAAUAAAUGUGAUAAAGUGCGUUUAAAUGCUGUAUUGUACGAGAAAAAUACCCUUGAAGUCUACUGCAGCUUCUGUCCAUUGAGAUUUGUGACUGACAUAGCCAAACUGUGAGCACGAGAUCUUUUUUUUGAUUUAUGACGGCGAACCGAAAAUCCCAGGCUAAUCGGCCGACGCGAAUACGAACUUAGUAUACUAUCAACCUUGUGAAAUAAAGAAAAACUAAUUGCUCAUUUUUCUAUGACUCCCUUGUUAAUACAACUCGUUGCAUUUCAGCGAAGUAAAUCGAAAGAAAGGUCGUAUGUUAAUGAGGAUAGCUCUGCUAAAGAUCCACAGGCAGUGAUUGAACUUUCAUGUAUUUCUUAUGCUUUCUUUAUGAAUUAUUAAUCAAUUUUACAAUUUGUAGCCGAAUGAAAUGAUCAUACCUACCACAGAGACAGUUCGUCAGCGUUAUUUUUUGGAACUGUUCCUCGAUCAUGACAAACCGCUGCUGUUAGUUGGCCCGACAGGAACGGGAAAAUCUGCUAUUACCAAUAACUACAUUCUCCAAAUGCCUUCAGACAAGUAAGUUGAUUCCUUGAAACCCGGGACCAGUGCAUUGCACGAGUGAAAGAUUAGAUCAUUUCUUCUGCUUAGCCCCGUCCUCUUAUACGCCCCGCUCCAGUCGGAGACGCCUAAAACUUUAUAAGCCCCCACCUUCUGUUAUCUUCCUCCUAUAAUCAUGGUAGCUGUAGGCUAGGCUUACACUCGAGUAUAUUUUUCCGGAUCCAUAAGUUUUAUUGGAUUUUUGGCAUUAAGGGAGUUCAGAUUCGCGUGCUCGAGCGUACGUGUGCACACAGCCGUUACAUAAUCCGAGAACUGAACUUUCAUUUCGCUACAGAGAACUUACUUUUGAUUCAGGAUUCAAAAUCUCUGCAAGCGACCAAACUGGGAAGUUUUUUUUACUUCGGAUUGACCCAUCUGCGUGUUAACGGCUAAAUGAAUCCGGUUCUUAAUACUUCCGGAUUUGUCAUGAAUCCGCAUAAAGAUGACAAGGUACUCUAUAAACUGAAUCAAACUGACGAGACAGUCUGACGUCCUUUUUUAUUCUUAAGCGUCGUUUAUGGCAGUAUUCGAGAAAGUACAAGCAAAAGUAAUAGCCGUGUGAAUUUUUUUAAAACACUCAAAAUCAGAGACGGUGGGAAAAAUAAGUCCUUACUGGUCUACAGGGAAUUCCGUAAGCCCGAACUCCGAUAUUUGGGCAGAUGUUCUUAACUUCUCACUCACAGGUUCUUUUUUAUUUUUCAGGUACAUUGCAAAUUUUAUAAACUUUUCCGCCCAGACAACGUCAAACCAAACUCAGGAUAUGAUACUAUCAAAACUGGACAGGUCAGCAUUGUACUAAGGAUUAAAACUACGAGUAAUCACAGAUGAAUGAAAUGUGUUGGAACUUGUGUUGAUGGAAUAUAACUGUAUUUGCUCUCUUAGUAUUCGGGGUAGUUGUGUUAGCGUCUUCUUUUGCGACCCCCUUCGCAAAUUUCUUAACAAAAUAGCGGAGAAUUGCACAAUGAAGGUACCUACGCGCAGUGGAAAUAAACUCAAAAUAGGAGUAACCGUUUGCAAAGCCACACAGACUAGAUACCCUUGUGAAGGUUCAGCGUGCUUUGGAUCUACUGCCUCCUUGCAACGCAAUAGGCCCUUUGCAUCUAGUCAUUCACGUGGUACAAAACCGCCAUACUGAAGAGCCAGAGACGCACCGGGAGAGGACGAACAAAGGACUAACCACGCUAAAUGAAGUGAGCUCUUCGCUUUUUCUGUCCCAGUGCGUCUUUUGUUCUCCAGCAUGGCAGUUUUGUAUCCCGUGAAUGACAAGCUGCAAAGGGCCUGUUGUCACACGAUCGAGUCUGCCCUGACAAAUAUUUUUCGCAGUGGCCAACGGGUAUCGUUUUCAAAAUGUAAGUUUAAAACGGGAUUAUGUCGCGUUCUACCUCAGUCGAACGCAGUUAGUUCAGUGAUUAAGUACGGUGGAACGGCAGAGGCAAAUACUUCCCUUGUUCCUUAGAAAAUUAGUACUGUCCAGUUUUCUUUACUGAAAUAUGCAACGGCUCCAAUGCAUAGUUUCUUAUUGCUCUAUUUCAGUUACAUUUUAUUGAGGGCGAAGUGCAUUAUAAGGAGGUAUCGGACAAAACCCAUUUGCGAGAGACUGUGUGCCGGAGGGAUUGCCAGUUGUUUGGAAGGGGUGGGGGCGCUUAUUACAUUCAGAGUCGAUUAACCCAUUCUUUUACUCACUAUUACGAGGCUGCGCAGGAAACUAGGUUAAUACCGGUCAACAAGCGUCGCCCAAAAUAGUCCCAUAAUGCUAUUCCCCACAACACCGACCGUGUCACGUGUCACCUUAAAAUGACCAGUUGUAAGAGGGAGUUUCACAAGUUUCUGAUCACGCUUUGCCUUUUAGACGAAGGCGUGGUGUGUAUGGACCUCCUAUCGGCAAGAAGGUGGUGGUGUUUGUAGAUGAUCUUAACAUGCCAGCCAAGGAGAAGUAUGGUGCCCAGCCACCCAUUGAAGUCUUGCGGCAGUGGAUUGAUCAUGAAUACUGGUUUGACAGGUAAAUACAUUCAACGAAAAACUUUGCCACUUGAAAGACUAUAAGCCAUAAACGAUGACUCCUAAUAGAUUUAUUAGCCUCUCAAAUUCAAAGCGCAUUCUGGAAAAGCUUACAUGGUCACGACAAGGCUCAGGAGGCUUUCAGUUUUCUUGGCGGUAACUUUACCUCUGUACAUAUGGUUUCUUAGAAAUCUCUUUGCAAAGGUUGGCCACGUAGCUAAAAAAUGCAGUUUCUCCAACUCAAUAACCGAGGUAGACAGGGGUCCACACAGAUCGUAAGAUGAUGUAAAUGCAUCAAUACAUCACUGCUUCCCAGAAAACCCUUAGUCUCAAGGUUCCCAAGCGCACCUUCGUCGUCAGGUUUUUAGUCAGAAUAAGGACCCUUUAAUGUGUACCGACGAUCCUGUACCGCGCCUUAUUGCCCCAUCAUAACCGAACGUAAUUGCCCUGUAACGUAUUGCUCGUUUUGCUUCUAGGAAAGACACAUCGAUCCUGAAGCUGGUUGAUCAGUUGCUAGUGUCUGCCAUGGGUCCGCCUGGAGGAGGGAGAAAUGAGAUCACUCCUCGGUUUCUGAGACAUUUUAACAUCAUCUCUAUUGACUCGUUUAGCACAGAGACGAUGCGAAACAUCUUCUCUGUCAUUAUGGACUGGCACUUUAACAACCACGGCUUUGAAAUGCAGAUACGGAGAUUCUCCAAGGUACACUUAUUUAAGUAAUAUAUGGGAGGCGUUGUGACUCAGUGGUUAGUGUUUUGAGACCGUAUUGAAAAGGUCCGGGUGCACGCCUCGCUUAGGUGACUGUGUUGCGUUCUUGUGCAAGACACUUCACUAUCAUAGUACUUUACUACACCCAGGUGUAUAAACGGGUACCGGAGAAUGUAUUGCGGCGGAGGGGGAGGGGGGGUGGGGGGCGAGGGGGUAACCCUUAGAUGGACUAGCAUCCUGUCAAAUAGUCAUAAUAUGAUUAGUUCUAUUAAGAUUAGAGUUAAGUAGUGUAUUAUGCAGAGCAAUUACCCCUUCAUUUAUUUUGUUUAUUACACAGCACUGUCUCAAAUUGAAGACGAAUUCCAUGAUUUUCUCUUACUUUGUUUUCGAUAUUUUUCGAUAUUUCUAUGACUUUUUAAUCGCAUCAAUUACUAGCUUUAUUUAAAUGCUUUUACAAAAGAGAGAAUUAUUUUAUUCAUGCAAACAAAGCUUACUUUGUUGUCUUAUUAGGGAGUUUAAGCUUCAUGUACAUGUAUAUUGGAAACGGCAAACGUGACAUGCAUUCAAGUUGAGAAUUUCGGAAAACGAUUAAAACGUUUGACGCGUUUGCCGAAACUUUUAUUUGACGUAAACGACAAGUAAUGGGGAGACUUGUUCACGUGGUACAAAUGCGCGUUUGCCGUUUGACGUAAAGGUGAUGCUUAACCUCUCUAUUGUGCCCGAUGCAUUUACCCUACCAACCUACCCUUUUAGAUCAUGAUCAGUGCCAUUACCGAGGUCUACACUCAAGCUAUCGCCAGCUUUCUGCCCACGCCUUCCAAAUCGCACUACGUCUUUAAUCUGAGGGAUUUUGCCAGGGUUGUGCAGGUUCGUGUUAGUCGAUUUCUAAUUCACUUCAUUUUUUUAUUUGUUGCACUGCAGCCAUAUUAGGGAUCUUUAUCAGAGCAAAACAGGGCAAGUAUCUCCGAGAUAAUUUGUCCCGAAAUUCUCGUGUUUUUUUUUUUUCAAGUAGUGCCUUUUGGAUGUUGUUUUUCCAGAAUAUCCCGACAAAUCCUAUAAUUUCACAAACUUAAUUUUUAUGACGUUAUCACUUUAGAACUCUAUUACCGGGUUUAAAUCCAAAAGUUUUGUUGUUGAUGAAAAUAUUCACUUGUUCUUUCACUUGUGAUCGAAUUCUGUUGAUUUGUUUUCAGGGAAUUCUUUUGUUUCCUGGCGUAAACGCCACUCACCCGGGCAAGCUUAUCAGACUUUGGGUACACGAGGUGUACCGUGUGUUCUAUGACAGACUCGUUGACGCUGAUGACCGCCAGUGCUUCUUUGAGAUUGUCAAGGUGGGUGCUGCGUUAUUCUCUGUUAUCGUGGUUACCAAGUGUUGCUAAGCCGCGGGGUGGGCGAGGAGGAGGGGGAGGAGGUGACUCAUCGAGGGCACGACACACGGAGAUGGACGAAAGUGGAAGUAUUAUGAUUCUGGCAACAUCGAUUUCGUCCCGGGGAAGGGAGGAGUGCACUCCCUUAUUUGGCCUAGACGGGUGUAUGCCGCAAGGUAUGGUUCUCUGGGUCUUGAGUCUUAAACAGGGUUUAAAAUUUCACUAUUUAGCGUGUUGAGCAGGGUGUCUUUUUGGACCGGAAGUCUUUAAAAGAGUGUAAAGCUUGGCGAAGAGCGGUCUACAUUUGUGGUACCAACAGUUUUUCUAUGAUCAUUCAGCGUAGUUUAAAACUUUCUUUGAGUGCCCCCCGCACGCCCCACCAUGGGAUUCAUUCCAGCUUAUGACACUCCGCUUUCGAUCCCGAUGCUUGGUUUUCACUAGUCAGUCAUAAGCGCUCUUACGAUUUCAAUUAAGACUCCGAGUCCGCUGACACCUCUACAUUGCAGGCUUUAGCAUCUGUCGUUAAGGAGGCUCUUACGUAUUAAUCCUUUAAGCUACAAUAGUGACCAACAUCCACUUUCUCCAAUAAGUAAUACUGCCUGAUCAGCAUUCAGGUCAUGAGAAUAAAUCAAUUGAUCACACAAGAUGAAAUGCCUUGAUGGUUGAACGAAUUCUCUCAAGCAUUAUCUCAAGAAAUGUAUGAAGAACAGUGAGGAGAAUGUUGAUGUUGAUAUUGAGAGAGUGAGGUGUUCUUGUUGACUCAUUGGCGUUUUUUUUUAUCAACUAUAGAAUGUCAUGGCGUCUGAGUUCAAGGAAAAGAUGAAUAAUGUGUUUGAACAUCUCGCUGGCAGAGGAGGCGUGGUCACUGAUGAUUGUUUAAGGAGGUAAACUUUCCAGUGACUCUCCUGGGUGUUAUUGUACUUAUUUCCUUCUAGGGGCAUGUUUCUGGAAUGUCCAAGUAACGUUUUCUCCCAACGCCAGUCUCAUUUGUGUCGUUAACCUAAAAUUUCACCAUAUGAUUUUCAAAAGCCAAUCCGGCAGCGAAGUAGGUCUUUUCUGAGUUGCCCCAACCUUCUGUUUUAAUGUUUAAUGCGAGGCUAAGUGCGAAGCCAUUAAUAUGAAAAUGAUUUUUAAUUCUUAUGCAAGUAAACUCAUUUUCACAAGAAAGGUCUUGCACUUAGCCUCGUUUUGAAAGUGAGAAUUUUUGGAACUCUGAAAAUGGCCUAUUUGACUCCUUGAUCGAAUCAUAACGCCAAAUGAAGCUCGGCCCAAGGCAAACUUGUUUUGUACAAAGUGACGUAAAUCCUGUGUAUAGCGUGACUCCCGCGUAAUUUUAUCCAAUCAGAAGUCAGUAUUCACGCCACUUGCUGCAACCUUUGUUUGCUGCUAAACAGGUUUGAACGUAGGUGGUACUGAACACGCAACAUCGCCUUUCAACACUUUCUGCAGCAAUGUUGCAAUUGCACGUUUUUGUUGCCGGUUUUAUCGUAGCUUUAAGGUAACCUCAAUGUUCUAAAACCAGUUCUAUUAUCCUCAGCUUAUUUUUCGGUGACUUCAUGGAUCGUAAGGCGAACCCUCGUCUGUACGAUGAGAUACAAGACACAGAAAGCCUUAGUGUGGUAAGUACUUUCUCUUAUAAUAGGGCGAUUUUCUGACUGUUCGAGAACGUUCAAAAUUCGUAUCAUCUACCAGUAGCUGGUAGUUUCUUAAACAAUGGCCUUGUGUGGGCGUUUAUCGUUGUUGGUCGCGCGUUUCUUAUUUUUUCAUUUCAGGGGGGCGGGGAAUAGGGAGGCUUAUUUCUUUCUUUCUUUUUUUGUUAUUAGCUUUAUCUUAAGACCGGUCAUAAAUCAAGGAGAUCCAUACUCCCAAGCUGAUUUCUUUAAGUUUAAACCCGUUUUUUUCGGUGAUGUUAUCAUCAUGUAGGGCGUUUAAUUUAAACCUGGCUUUCUCCUUUUGCUGUUGUGGUUCGUUUACGCCAAUUUGUUUUCCUUUUUCUCUACUUCGAAACAUCCAUUUAACACAUAUUUUUUCAUCUAAGUGGAAAUAAAUUUGUGUGUAUAAAAGUCAUGUAUAAAUUUAUCCAGCCUAAAAGUACGAACGGUUGACUGCAAACAAUAAAUUGCCCCAGCUAUGGGAUACCGGAUUCCGGAAUUCUCGAAUUCGGGAAAUUAUGAAAUCCGGAACCAUGGGCUUUGGAAUCUGGAAUACAGCUCAAGGAAUCCGGGAUCCCACUAGCGAUUGGCAUCUGGAAUCCAAGUUUCACUGACAACGAAUCCGAUCCACGGCGUGGAAUCCAGAAUCUAAGAAUGCCUUGGAUUACCUUACAUGAGGCGAAAUAAAUUUUCACAUGGGACUGAUUCUAAAAGCUAUCGCUUCUUUUGUUACCUAUUACGAAUUCACGCGGGAAACUGCGUCAAAAUUCGUCCCUGAACAAUCCCAUGAUGCAAUUCGACCCAACAGCGUUCCCUUCUCAUGCGCAGACGCAAAGCCAAGAUUCUGACUACAGUAAAAGGGUUUUAUCAAGAAAAUUGAUAAAUAGCUGUGCCUUUAACAUGUUCACCCCAAACCCGUAAUGUGUUCCAUCGUAACUGUGUACUCCAAGGGUUAAAUUAAAAGUAUCAAACACUGGAACUCCUACGGGCUCGAGAAACGCUCUCAUGUUUUUAUUAAAGCGACAUAUUCUUUCGUUGCCUUGGGACUCUUGGUAAACAACAGGUUUGAGGCUUCCGUGCGCAUGUGUAGUGAGCCAGACAACCACUGGCCAGUAGCUCUGAGCCUGCUGUUUCAAUUGUAGAAUUGGCUUAAGGUAUUCAUUUAAGACUUUGUGCGGGUCUAGACCCAUAUGAAGUCCAACUCCGAUCGCCAUGACAGAAUUUUUCUUGUGAAGAUUUGUCCGCACUUCAUGUAAGACUAGAUUAAUAUGUGCCACGCUGUAGAACUCGUGGAAAGAGUAUAGGAAGCUGUGCUCUCCUCGACAAAACUUCCCUUUCGGCAACUGAGAGAUUUUUCUAGCAGUUUUUCCGUGACAAAGAGCUUUGCCUCCAUCCACAAACUGCAUGUCACUUGAACAUAAACGUCGGUCAUUAUCAUCGAUGUCUUUAACCAGGCAGCCUGUUUCUCUGUCGUCUGUAAACGUAAUCAUCAAAGCGUUAUGAAAAUGCCUCACCAACGAAUCACCGAUAAGGGAAAGGCUCGAAACGCGCUCUGACAACAGCUGGCAAGCUUGUUUGCUUGUGAAAUUUUGAAACUCGCAUCCAGAAGAAGCAACAAAUUCGCUCAUCUCUGCGUCUACUGUUUUUCUAAAAUCGGUACACCUGUCGCACAAACAGUUUUCAUCUCCUGAACCACAUCGCCCAAGUUCGUGAUUACAACAGGGGGUCGUGCUGUAACGGUCACACAACGAAGGAACACUGGGACCAAAAUCAGGGGCAUCUAUGACGAACAUGUUUCCACAUCGCCCAUCUUCUCUAUGUAGUUUAACUGGCAAACCUCGAAGCUUUCUUAUUCUUAUAUCUUGCUCUGUUCUGUGAAUUUUAUCCUCGGACUGAAUAUCUCGGCGCGGUUUCCACUUUCCGCUUCGCAUUUCUUGCAUAAUAUCAACGCAGCAAUUUGAAUUAUAGAAAUUAUAAAUAUUUCUCGAACGUCUGGUUAGGGAGUUCGUUAGCACCACAUGCUGACGCGAGAACGCGUAGAAUAGAAUGGUAAAUAGCAAUAAAAUGAAUAGGAUUUUUCCAAAUUUCCGACCAAAAAUGUGAAGUUGACGCGAUGGCUUUCGGCAGCUAGAUACUGUAAAUAAAAGCAUGAAAAAUAACCAUUUAAACAAAAAUAUAUAAACGAUCGACUUGCGCGAAGACGAAGUGAUUAGUCGAUUUUAAUUGAAUUACGGAUAACUAGCAAUAUAAAGGUCAAGUACAGGUAAUCUGCAAUAGUCCACCUGGUGUACGUCUGGUACUACCUGCGCGCUUUCACUGUUCUCUAUAACAAGCCUCCAGUAGCGUUUAAAAGAGUUUUUUGUUCUGUGGACAGUUACUGGCAUGAAAUACAGUCGAACCUGCAUGUGUGUCCUCGUCUCGUUAGCGAUUACCUCCCCCAAGCGACCAUAUAUCCAAAACAACAAAAUUUUCCCAGUCAAGGCCAUAUUGCUGGAAACUCGUGUAAACGACCACCUCUCGAAAGCGAUCGGGACUACUUUUUGGGGUGACGGUUUUAUAAUUUGCCAUUGCACAUGCAAGUUCGACUGUAUUUUUUUUACUUCCAUAGUAAACUGUGCAACCAUAUAUCAUAUUUUCAACUUUGAGUUAGCCUGCGAGAGCAUCCGGUUUUUUCGGCUCAAGUUUCUAGUUUCGUGGGUGAAACUAGAAACUUGAGUCGAAAAAACCCGGAUGCUCUCGCAGGCUAACUUUGUGUCUGUGGGCGAAAUCUGUGACCAUUUCAAAUGAAACCACUUCAGCAGUACUUUCACAUGGUGCUAUCUGUCUUGUACGCUAUUUCUAAGUUUUCUCUCCAUAGCGAAAAUUCUGUAAUUUGAUAAUAAAAAUGAAACCUCUUCAUCAGUACUUUCACUUUGCUGUUUGCUUAUUUUACACCCUGAACUGAAUUCAUAGGGCGGCCUUUUUGAAUUUAGAAGGUUACGUACAACGUUUAAAACCUUUUCAGUGAUUAAUUAUAUGGUUAUUACUAGUUCUGAUUUUAGAUGAUCUUUACUCUGAGACAGCGGGUCGUAAAGGAAAGCCAGAACAUCAGAAAAAAAACUCGUUUGAAGUAGAUUUGAACUGUUACUUGUCACAGUUUUGUUUCGGCAAUCAAGGAGUCUCUUGACAAGCUAAGUAGACUAGAUCUUAUUCAGAAUUGGAGUUAACAAGUUGUGUUUGAAUGUCUUUGAAUGAUUUUUUUUUCGUGACGGCAAUCAAACCAGCUCGCUUUGCCAAUUUAUGUUUAAUAAAACGUCGUGAUGGUUUCUAAUACAAAUAAAAAAAAGAAAAUAGAUGGCUUUUAAAAAAUAUAUCGCUUUUAACUCUCUUGAACUUUCACCAAUUUUAACCGCUCGUUGAUAGGUCAUUUAAGUACUUACCAAAUCGUUUUAUUCCGUGAGAAGAAAUCCCCGCUUGAAAUGGUGCAAUACUGUAACUGAAAAACAUUUUUAGUCCUGCCAGAAUUGCCACACGGCAGUCCUUGAGAAUAUAACCUGCCAUGUUUACAAUUUUUUUUUUUUUUACUUUAAAUGUAAUUCUCAAAGUUACUUGGUAACUUUGGGUCAAAUGAAAGCAUUUAAUUAACACGUGGUCUAAAUAUAUAAACAGUUAGUGUCAGCUUAUUCCCUUGAUCACUCGAAAUACCCAAUCCAAAUGUAAUUCCCUUGAAAAUUUGAUGUAUUUUAUCGCAGGUGAGAAAAAAAAAGAAAAUUUGUCAUGUAUUGAGUAAAUGAAAUUGGAUCUCAUUUGAUUUCGUUUCGUUGAUGGGUUUUUAAGCCCUUAUUUCUCCGCUAGAUGUUUGUGUUGUUUAACUUUAAGGUAUUUCGCUUCAGCUCAUUUGGUGAUUGCUCCUUCUGCAUCACCAGGGAAAUUUGGCCUUUUUCUUCGUUUUUUUUCUCGAGCAAAGUUGAAACAAUUAUAUGAAAGAAGAUCUUCACAGUUAUAGACGCAACUUUCGCAGUUGCGAAAAGAAAGCUUGAAAAAAAUUCAGGCUUGUACGGGAUUCGAACCCUUGACCUCUGCGAUACCGGUGCAACUUCGAAUCCCGUACAAGCCUGAAUUUUUUUCAGGCUUUCUUUUCGCAACUGCAAAAUUUGCAUCUAUAACUGCGAUGAUCUUCUUUCAUCUAAUUGUUCACCCCGCAGUUGUCAUAUGUUUUUUUCAUAUAUUCAUAAUUUAAAAGUUAAAACAAUCGUUUACAGCGCUCGUAGAGACACACAUCAGUAAUUCACUAAAUAUGUUAACCAGUACCUAGCAGAGCAGCAAAUGACAGAUAAGAAUAUGUUUUUAUCAACUGAGUUACCGAUAAAAUAACAGACCAAGUAAAAAAUUCACAACUUUAAGAGCUCAAUUCAUAAAAGAAAACUUUUGUGUUUUUUUCUCUCACCCACUCAAAACCAUAGUUUCUUUAGAAACUAAUCUCUUCAUAUGAUAAUAAGCGCUGUGUUAUUGUCGCAGAUUGCUACUUUGGGCUCCCCCCCAAAAAUGUAAGGCUUCAGUCUCCAGGCUCCAGGCUCCACGGACCCCUCCCGUGAGAGCCUAGUAUUACAUCAUUCGUUGCUCCAAUCUUGUAGCUAAGUUUGGCUAUGACGGUAGAAAUUGUGUUUGUUUUAUAGAGAAAAAAAUCGCACUGCACGUUAUUUUUUUGUAAUCCUCUUCUUUUUUCGUAAAGUGAAAAAAAAUCAUUAGAGAGGUUCUAAUCCAACAAGGUGCUUGAUAUCAUUCAUCCCCACAAACCAGACUUUGACAACUGGCAAAACACUAUGUAACAAAACCGUUGAAAUCCUUUCUCUCCAGGUAAUGGAUGGAUUUCUUGAGGAUUACAACGUUUCAAGCAAAGCUCCCAUGGAUCUCGUCAUGUUCAGAUUCGCCAUUGAACACGUGUCUAGAAUUUGUAGAGUUCUUCGCCAGCCCAACGGGCAUGCGCUUCUAGUAGGUAAGAGUCGGACGUGAAAGCUUCAGUCGAGUAAUGUGUCUUCUGGGGAAUUAGAGUUAGAUCUUUCUUGCAUUGUUUUAGGGUGAAAUUUAUGUGACACCUCUCGUAAUUUUUUGUUUCCUUUUUUUUCGACUCUUUUAUAGCAAACAAGAAAAAAUUAAUACGACGACUUUUCCCAAAAAAGAGCCUUAACAAUUUUCGUCCAAAUGAACGAAAGUUCUGAAGGUUUUUCGUGUCCUCAGCUAUGUUUUUCACCUCCUUCCCUGUCAGGUUAAGUUCGCAAAAGUGUUUUUUGUCUUAGUUUCACUAGAAGAGCUUUGAUGCGUGACGACAUUUGCACUCACUUGGCCAUGCAGUUUUUUCUCAGGGACACCAUCGGGACCGCGAAUUGGUUGCCCGUAAUGCGCCAGGUGUCCGCAAGGCGAUAGUUGACUGUAUUCUUAUUCUAAAUUCUAUUUUUAAUCAUUAUUCUUUCAAAUUAUUUCUCCAAUUCUGAUUGGCAUAAAUCCACCCGUUACAAUUAAAAACCAUUUAUCGUUGAUCAAAUUUGGAAGAUGUUAGCUGUUAAUUCACGAUUGACGUCAAUCGUGCCGGAAUCCGUGAGUCUAUAAACGCGCUCAAACUUUACGUACAGACUCUUUACGACAGUCUUCACGAGAUUAUGAUAUUUGUUAGGUUUCGAAAAAAAUAGUUUUGGAUCGUUCAUUUGUGUACGGAUCCGUAGGUGGGCUCUUGUGGACCUGCUUAAACCCUCCAAAAUGUUUUGUAUGUGUUUUUAGGAAUCGGUGGUUCUGGUCGAGCUAGUGCUACGAAACUGGCUGCAUUCAUGUCAGAUUACGAGCUCUUCCAAAUUGAAAUCACCAAAACUUACACGUUCACUGACUGGAGAGAAGAUGUGAAGAAGAUGCUGAGAAAGGCUGGUUUUGAUGGAGCUCCUACCGUGUUUCUGUUCGGUGAUCAUCAGAUAAAAGUAAGCGUUUAAUAUUUUAACUGCCAUUGAUCCAAUACUUUUGUCAAUGAUUUUCUCACUAUUUUGUUCGCUAAAGAAUCUCUUACGCUUUGGCAAAAUCUAUCUUUCAAGCAAACAGGUUGACAACGAUAUUACAUCGGAGGCGUAAAAAACCAACUAGGCGACUGACAGCGAUGCGAACGACUUCCGACACGUUUCCGAUGUUAUCUUUCACUCCCAUGCAACCUCGCGAUUUAACUUCACGUGACUACCAAAAUUUUGUUCAAAAGCUGGGUAAAAAUGACGUACAGGGUUUAGUGGACAUUUGUGUUUUAAUGGAGGCUAACAGCGGAUUUGUCGGAUUUUUUUUCGUUGACAACAGGAUGAAGCAUUCCUCGAGGAUAUCAACAUGAUCCUGAACACGGGUGAUGUACCAAAUAUUUACGAGCCCGACGAAAAAGCUGAGAUCACAGAACAGGUGACUGCGUCCAAAUACCUAAAUACUGAAAUAAAUAAAUAAAUAAAUAUACGAUUAUAAGCAAUACAUAUUUUACACAAUAUGAAAAAUGUGAUGUUUAGUUUUAAUUAGUUCAUAGCCUCCUUUCUUUUCGUAAGAUCGUCAAGAUCGAAAGCUUUGCGUUACGGGACGGCCAUCUUGGUUUCAAAUAUUCCGAGGGUUCUGGCGUCAUGAUUCCACCCAUCCCCCCUAAGUAGAUUUGACACUCAUACCCAGGCUAUACUCGGUACCUCUCAAUCCAAGGUGGCCGCUUGCAACGAAAAUGCUCGAGGUCCUGCCCAGAUCUCCAUGGUGACAGGUCAUCAGUACGGAAAUUAGUGCACCAAUCCCUCUCGGCCAACCGCGCCGGCUGGCACGGUGUUCGAUGUGUGUGAACGACUUGUACCGCCCGGGGCCGUUAGCUUUUCUUUUUCCGAUAGCUUUUCUUGGCGCCACGGAAAGUUAUCCGGUAUAGUGUGGACAGCAACGGCUGAGGGCGGUACAACUCGUUCACACACAUCAAACACCGUGCCGACGAGGUUGGCCGAGAGAGUUUGGUGCACUAAAUUCCAUAGCCUUCGAGAAUGCAUUGAUCAUUGGUAAAAUAGUAAACUUCUCACUCUGUUCUCCACUCAGAUGCAAAACAUUGUUCAAGAGGGGAACCUGAAAGUGGAUGCAAGUCCAUUAGCCAUGUAUAACUUUUUUAUUGAGCGCGUUCGUCGUAACUUGCACGUGGUGUUGAGUAUGAGUCCAAUUGGAGACGCCUUUAGAAACAGGCUCCGAAUGUUCCCUUCCCUUAUCAACUGCUGUACCAUCGAUUGGUUUCAGGUGAGGCGAAUGACGUUUUAACAAACCCUACUUUAUGAAAGUAGGGUUUUUGUCUCCCACUGGAGACCGUGAUAGGGACGCAAUGUUUACCUCGUCAUCCGAGCCACGCUAAGGAUAAGCCGUUUGUAGGACAAAGGCUGUACCUUCUUUCCUGGGUUAUUUUAAGACCUUGAGUAUUGGUUCGGCUCCGGGGAUCAGAGCUACAACCUCCCGCUCUGCAGACCAGGUUUGUAAACGGAUAGUGCAAGGACAGACUCCUGUGCGUGUUGACCCAUUCAGUCCUUUUGGUGACGAAACAAAAUUGUAACAUCCUACUAAAUAAAUAGUACCAUGCUAAAGUUCUGCCCAAGAGGUUUCAUUUGAAUGGUAACACCAUAGGAUUUCAUCCACAGACUCAAAAGUUAGAACUACGUACAUAACAAAUAGCACCAUGUGAAAGUACUGCUGAAGAGGUUUCAUUUGAAUCAUAACACCAUAGGAUUUCAUCCACAGACUCAAAAGUUAGAACUAUGUACAAAACAAAUAGUAACAUGUGAAAGUACUGCUGAAGAAGUUUCAAUUGAAUGGCAACACUAUAGGAUUUCAACCACAGAUUUGAAAGUUAGAACAACAUGCUAAAUAAAUAGUACCAUGUGAAAGUACUUCUGAAAAGGAUUCAUUUGAAUGGUCACGCCAUAGGAUUUCAUCCACAGACUCAAAAGUUAGAACUACGUACAUAACAAAUAGUAGCAUAUGAAAGUACUGCUGAAGAGGUUUCAUUUGAAUCGUCACACCAUAGGAUUUCGUCCACAGAUUUAAAAGUUACAAUGUCAAAUAAUCUUGGCGCGAACUUGAUCCUGGACUGAAAGGGUUGACAAGCAUAUGAAAGCACCUACGAAGUAGUGCAACAUCUUCUCUUUGCUAGCCGUGAACCUGGAAAACUCCAGCCAGGUGAUUUGUUUACACCACUAACUUCUCCUUAACAUUAUCACUGUGUGUUUUGCAGGCCUGGCCUGAGGACGCUUUGGAAAUGGUGGCCAAUAAGUUCUUGGACGAGGUUGAAAUGUCGCGGGAAGUAAGAGGAGAAUGUGUUUCACUUUGCAAACAUUUUCAUCAGAGUGUGCGAGGACUGUCAGAAAGGUAACCGCUGUUUAGUUGUUAUUCAGCCAUUUUUGGACAGUGGCUAGAAAGCGAAAACAAAAACAAAUCAAAUAAUACAAGGGCAAAAUAACUGAAUCGGCCCGACCAAUUUUGUGAACAAAGGCCACCUUUCAAAUUCAUUCCUUGAGGAUUGAGAUGGUGACAAUAUCUUUUUUUUAUAUAUAUAUCUACGUUAGUUAUCCCUCUUUGCCUUGAUUGCAUCUGCAGCUAGAAUUCAAAAGUACUAAUCAAAUUUUCCACCAUUUUGAAAUAAAGCGUAUGUCUUCCCAGUCCAUUAAAUGAUAGUGGGGCAGAAGUUUUAAAUGAUCAUGUAUUUUUUUUGUUUUUGCUCAAUUUUCCAGAUAUUAUGCUGUCCUUCUUAGACGCAAUUACGUCACUCCAACGUCAUAUCUCGAGCUAAUAAAAACAUUCAAGUCACUUCUUGGGAAAAAGCGAUUUCAGAUACUGACUCUAAAAACAAGGUACCUCAAGGGACUGGAGAAACUCGACUUCGCUUCGUCGCAGGUGAGCAUGGCGAGUUUGAUUCUCACUUCAAACCUCACUUAGGCUAACUCAUUUACGUGAAAUUUUCGCAGGCACUGCUUAAUCGAGGUUUCACGGCUACUUUGUCAUGUUUUUGUUUUUAAAUGCGUAGGCAGAAACAAGGGAAAAACAGAGAAAAGUAAUCAAAGAAGUUUGUCCAUUUAAAUGUAGAAGCUGUUGUGAAAGAUGUUUAUUUGACACUGUUCAUUUACCAGAUAGACGGUGUUUUCCCUCGUUCUGUAUGUUAAUAGUUAGCGCUUCAGGUAUAUUACGACUGCGAUUGGAUACGCAGACCGUAGGCGGAAGUUGACUUUUUGCUAGUGGCUAUGCAUUUAGGGCUGUGGUUUUCUUUUCGAAUAUCUCUUGGCACCAUUCUAAUCAGCGGUUAAUUUAAACUGACAGGUGUCAAUUAUGCAACAAGAGUUAAAGGAGCUGCAACCGGAAUUGAUCCAGACAAGUAAAGAGACAGAACAGCUAAUAAAAAUCAUCGCUGGCGAAACAGUGGAGGUGGAGGAGAAGAAACAGGUUGGUUUCGAUAUAACUUAGCACUACAGGCAAACUCGAGAAGGAGUGUUCUAUCCGAUAUAUGCAAACACCGAGAAGUAUUAUAUCAAACACGAGAAGGAGUGUUUUAUCCGAUAUCCACACACCGAGAAGUAAUAUAUCAAAAAUGAGAACGAGUGUUUUAUCCGAUAUCUACACACCAGGAAGUAAUAUAUCAAACAGUAGAGGGAGUAUUUUAUCCGAUAUCCAAACACCGAGAAGUAAUAUAUCAAACACGAGAAGGAGUGGUUUAUCCGAUCUUUUUUAUGAAAUAUUCUAAGAACGAAAAGUAAAAUAUCAAACAUCAGAAGUAGUGAUUUUAUAUUAUAUUCAAACAAAGAGAAUAAUAACAAUAAUAAUAAUACUACUAAUAAUAAUGAUACAUUUAUAGCGCGCAAUUUUCCGUAAAAAGAAGUAAUGUGCCAAACACGAGGAGUGUUUCAUGAGAUAUUCAAACGCCGAGAUCCAAAUUUUCAAACACUAGAGUGUAUCAAACACCAGAGAGAGUGUUUGAUACAUUUGUUUUCUCGUCCUGAAUUGUUAAUGAGUUUGAGAACAGGUUUUUAACUUUCUCCAUACUCUUUGACUCUUCAUAGUUUACUGAUUUGUUUGAUGUUUAGGCUAUGACUACCUUUUGCUUUAACAUUUCAACUACUACAUUUUUACUACUCAUGGUCCAGAGAAAGCAUAAUCGGCUAAACGUACCUUACGUUAACCAUUAAAUAGGUAAUCAGAGACUAUAACCGUCACGGCACAAAUAAUGUACGAGUUUUUUAAUGCAGGUUGUGCAGGCAGACGAAGCUGUGGCUAACGCGGCUGCACAGGAAGCUCAGGCUAUCAAGGUAAGGUUGAGUUUGCUGCCUUAGAACGACUUUGCGUCAAUAUCGAUCCGAGGUAGAAAUUCGAUUUCACAGGAAACUAGUUGUACUCGGACGCGCGAGUCGAUCGAUUUUUUUAAAAAAUUCUUUCUAACUAAAAGUAGAUUUUGUGGUCCACUUAGGUAAAGUGAGAUUUUAAAUUUUAAAGAAGCAACGCUGUAAUUUGAAGAACUAACUAUAAAAAGCGGACGUGGGAGUUUUGAGCUAGUACCUCGAGAAGUCGAUUUGACGUAGUAUCUAUAGACAGACCUUCAGGGGUCACUAUUCUAAAACGUGGCAUGACAAUGAUAUGCAUAAGACUGGCGUUUAGUGGUCAUCCCUUUUCUUAGUAAUUUUUUAAAAGCAGUGUUGUAAUUUGAAGAACUAGCUAUAAAAAGCGAGCGAGGGAGUUUUGAGCUAAUACCUCAAGAAGUCGAUUUUACGCAGUAUUUAUAGACAGACCUAAAGGGUCACUAUUCUUAAACGUAGCAUGACAAUGAUACACUUAAGACUGGCGUUUAGUGGUCAUGCCUUCUUUUGUCCUCGUAAAUUUAGGAUGAAUGCGAGGAACAGUUAGCUGUUGCCAUGCCAGCACUAAAUGCGGCAGUCUCAGCCUUGGACACCCUUAAACAACAGGACAUUUCACUCGUGAAAUCCAUGGCAAAUCCUCCUGCUGGUGUGCGCAUGGUUAUGGAGGCUAUCUGUAUUCUGAAGGUAACUGAAAAAUGACCCGCGAUGACUUUUUCACCUAUAUAACCUUAAAUAACUGGCUUAGUUCCCGAUUGGCCUCGUAGCUCAGUUGUUUAAAGCACUGGUAGAUAUCUAAUCCAUAGGUUGUGAGUUCAAUCCUCUUCAGCCGGGGUAAAAAACUUUCUCUUUGAUUCCUGGUUUUUCUUACUUUCCUUUGUAGCACUUGCAGUUCAGAAGGGUUUGUAUAGUUUUUUGCUGACACCUCUCAAACUUAACUCAGUUUACGUUUAGGCAGUUAAUGGCGCUUCACAAUUUACUCUGCAGUCUUGAAGAAUGAAACGAUGACCAGCGGAACAGUUAGAAAGGUAGCGAGUCAGAAAUAACUUGAAGGAGGUAGAUAGUUGAGUAGUUCAAUCUUAGUAAAAAAUGGUCUUUUUCUAGUUGUGGUCGGUUUGUUCAUAAUUCGUAACUGAUUUUUUUUUCAUUUUUUCUACAGAAUGUGCGGCCUGAGAAAAAGAUGGUUGAUGGUAAACAAAUUGAAGAUUACUGGGCGUCUUCCAAAAAGGUUAAUCACCCCCCAAGAUUAAGCCGUUAAUAAGAGCUCUUAGUUUAUUUACCAAGGGCCAAAAGUAGGAAAGUGUUUGUGAAAAUUUGAGGCGUGACAUUGUUGCCUGGUCUAUGCUGGCACGAAAGUCCUCAAUGACUGUUCGUGGCGCAAUGCUCUGCUCUCCGUUGACUACUGAAGGUAGAUAUUCGGGAUCAAUUUAGGUUUCCCUGAAACUGCCGACCUGCCCCUCCCGAAACCCAACAUUUUGCCCUGAGGGAGAAGUAAGUAUUAACGUUGAGUUAUGAGAGGGGUAGGUGGGUAGUUUCCCAGACACCUAAUUGUGUUCCAAAACUAGAACGUUGGCAGCGGAGCGAUUGUGGAAAAGAAGAAUAAAACUGGGUAAGGCUAGUCGUCUCAAACACGAUAAUGGACGCUUUUGCCGCAAUCCGCUUUCGAAAAUGAUUUAAGUCAGUAGGGAGAAGAGAGACUACUGUUUGGCAUUCGAGUCUGAGAGAAAAGGAACUAAAAUCUGCAAGAUGUUCCAUGAAAUGAAAUCUUCUAUCUUUUAACCACAAUACGUUUUCUCUCCCUUCGACAUGUAGGUCUUAGGCGACUUGAAAUUCUUGGAAAGUCUGAAGCUCUUUGACAAGGAAAACAUCCCUGUCCCUAUAAUCCGCAAGAUCAGAGAGAAGUACAUUACUAAUCCAGACUUUCACCCCUCCCUCAUCAAAAACGUUUCGUCAGCGUGCGAGGGGCUGUGCUCAUGGGUCCGAGCUAUUGAAGUGUACGACAGAGUUGCCAAGGUAACCGUUUCGUUUUUAAAUUGUGUGUGAUCAAGUGACGUAAUUCUAAUGGAACUGUCCUAGUUAAAGAGGCUUUAUUAUGGGCAUGUAUCGUACGUGGACAUGUGGCAUGUGCCUGAGGAAAAUGUUAUGUUUAAGUUAUCGUCGCUUGAAAUGGAACGCUAACAUACUGUACUUCUUGAAAAAAAAAAAAAAAGAACCUUAUUUUUGGUGAUGCAGUUGGUACAGGUGUUGCCCCUAGCAAGAGAUUUUCUCAGGGCGAAAGUGAGCAAGGAAAUAGCGUUUUCUUAAUUUAGUAAGCGAAUGUGAGCGACCGGAGACGAGGCAGGAUACAGUGCCAGGAAAAAUGAACCUUUUUACUUCCAUGGAGACUUUGUUUGUCCGUAUAAUUUAGGUGUCGGUUCGACUUAUUAUUUUUUUUGUUUGCUUAGCUUGUCGCUCCCAAACGUAAGCGGCUGAUAGAAGCUGAAUCUAUGUUGGCUGAGCAGAUGUCGCAUCUGAACGAGAAGCGUGCAGAAUUAAAGGAGGUGAUGGACAAGCUACAGAACUUAAAUGACGAUUACCAGUCCAAAGUCAACAAGAAACAGGUUUGAUAUGUAGCAGCUUUUUCUUAAUGACUCUGUCGUAGAAUUCCAUCUUUGUUCUAGUCUCAAGAGCGAAACAAUUGUAUCUAUUCUUGAGAUAUCGGUAUGUCCACUUCACUGUCCUUUCUCUCUGUUAUUUCUUGUGUCGCAGCGUGUCUGAUAUUCACUCACACAAGACCAGAUAUGCCUCAAAUCUCAAUUUUCAUGUGCCAUGUUUGACGUCAAAUUAUGGCAAACACACAUUUAAGUUUGCAUAACCGAAAUCUGGGAAGAGAUUCCUACUAACAUGAAAAACACUCGGCUACUACCAGUUCAAAAACUAUACAAACGAAUUCUGCUUAACGCUCAAAGUUAACUAAAUAUAAAUGACUGUUUCACCUCGUCGUCCACAUUUCUAUGGCACCUAGCGCACAUACAGCGGUGGUUAGCUCGAAAGCUAAACUCCUCUCACCACCGUACACUUCUAUCAAAGCCAUAAAUGUCUUUCUUUUCUUUUUUUCUUUUAUCUGUUAUUUUAUUCCUUCGUUACUGUGUACAGUGUAAGUAUUAUAUACAAGUGUGAAUAAACUGAACUGAACUGAACGAGCUUGCUUCCUCCAACGACAACUUCAUUUGUAACGGUUACACUGACCGCGAGGAGUCUGAGAACUAGAAAAGGAGAAUAGAAAGACGAGGAGUCGCUAUCACUGUCACUACCUGUUCUCUCCCCAUUCUCCCACCCGUGCUAUCCAGAACAGAACAGUGGUGCUCGCUCUGCGGAGGAGGCUAUGAGCGAACAAACUAACAAUUUAAACGAUGAUUGUUGAGUUGUGGGAAUGACCUAACGAAUGAAAAGUACAAAGAACAAAAUCUCACUGAUAUUGUUUCUUGCAGGAACUUGAGCGAAAUAUCGCCCUGUGUUCCCAGAAGCUGUUGCGAGCUGAGAAACUCAUAAGUGGUCUGGGAGGAGAACGAUCGCGCUGGACGCAGGUUGGUGGGCUUGCAGGACAUCCAUCUCGAACAGAAAUGGGCGGUAUAUUUCUUUAAUUUCAUUUAUAAUUUCGAAAAGAAAACGUAAAAUUGAAAGAGUUUAAGUUGUUAUGGUAAAAUUGUCCAAUCUGAAGUUGAACAAUUAGGCUGUGUUUCUCUGGGAAAAAGGAUCUGAAUUCGGAUUGAAUUUAAGAAACAAAAUGUCUUUUUCAAAAGAAACAAUGAAUCCGCGAAAAAAUUUUUACCAAGAAUACCUUACAUUGCAAAGGCGGCAAGGCUUUGCGCAGACCAAAUGUUUCACAGGAAGUUCAAUGAUAAAAAUUGUACCCGCAAAGAAACUCUGGACAUUCAAAAUCAAAAGUUAACCUUACUGGACGGUAAAACCGUUCCCUAUUUUAGAUAACUUUGCAAAGCACACUUUCGUUUUGAAUUUAUUUUGUUUUAGGUGGCGCAGGAGCUUGGCGAGACGUAUAAUAAUAUCGUCGGUGAUGUGUUGUUGUCUGGGGGCAUUGUAGCUUAUCUCGGACCAUUUACUGUUGAAUUUAGACAGGUAACUUGGUGUUCCAUUAACACCGGCAUGACAUAUAGUAGGUGGCUUAUGUUCACAAAAAUAAAUGAUCACAAAUGCUUAUGUCACGCGCGGAAAAACCUUGCAGUACGAAAAUUCGCUUGGUAUUGGGCCCACGCAGAGAACGAAACAACACAACGGUUCUUACCGUUUAGGCGACGAUGCAGUGCAUGGCAGGCGCCGGGUAAAUUUUCGGUUCGAUAGCGCCUUGUACUUUUAAGCGAAGAAUUACCUGCUUUCUGUUAAGCAAACAAAAACUAAGUGCUCAACUAACAAAAUUACACAUUUGAAUCUUAAUCUCAAAAAACGUCCACUCGCACGUCGUGUUCCGACUAGCGAGUUGCAGUUAUAGAAAACGAAAUAUUCAAUUGUUUGAAAUGUUACAAAGAUGGGUAAAAUUUGAGUCUUUAAAAGUAGUACAGGUUAGACCGAAUGUUGGGCUGUUUUUUUAAUGAAGCCGCCUGAUUGGCCAUCGCGAAGUUACGCGAGAGACUGGGAUGGAGUGUCGAACUGCACUAUGGGUCUGUUUUGCGGGACGCUAUUGCUUCUUUGAUUGGCUAUUUGCGAGGUUGCGCAGAAAUGUGAGUCAAAAUUCGUCCUCCGAAACAGAUAUAACUAUUUUUCUUUCAGGAAUGCAUCAAGGAAUGGUGGAGCCUGUGCCGAGAGAAAAAUGUCCCAGUCUCUGAUAACUUUUCACUCUCCUCAACGCUUGGGGAUCCCUUGUCCACCCGAGCCUGGCAGAUUGCUGGAUUACCUGUCGACAAGUAAGACACCAAAGGAUUUUGUUUAUUUUUGACUUAACCCCUUCACUGUCCUAGUACUUGAUGGAGUUUUGUAAGGCGACUCUAACUUUUGAGUCUGCAGACGAAAUCCUAUGAUGUGACCAUUCAGAUGAAAGCUCUCUGCCUGUACUUACACAUGGUGCUAUUUGUUUCUCAAAAGUUUAGAAAAUGAAAUUUGCAAAUUUGGUGGAAAUUUGCCUUUGGGCACAUUUGGCAGCGAAAGGGUUAAAUUUACUUUACGAAUAUCCCAAACACAAAUGCAAACUUUUAGUGUACUACUCUCUUUUCAUAAUUCUUUUACAUACUGUAAUACAUCAGGAUAGCGAAAAAAAUCAUUAAAGUGGAAUGGUUUGGUAUUUCACUGGUAUUUGUAUAGGUAAUAGCAUGAUUUGUAGUGAUAUUUGGCAUAAAUACCACGAGUGAUAUUUCGAAAUUGUUAUACGUAAUUUCAAGAGUCGUUAGGCGAGUGAAAUUUGAGACAAUAUUGAAAUAUCACGAGUGGUAUUUAUGCCAAAUAUCACGUACAAAUCAUGCUAUUAUUUGUUUAUACUACUGCCCGCAAUAGUUUUGUAAUUUUCACAUGUAGGUACUUCAAAUUAAGCUGAAAUACCACUGCUCUAAGCCAAUCAUAUUGCAGAAAUUUCUCAUGUAGUAGUAUAAAAAUAGUAAAUAGAACAUCGCAUGGCCGCUUGAAAAUAUCAAAACCGUUUCGAAGCUGGAAGAGACAUUUUGUAUCUCCGCAUAGCCGUUUAGUAUCCUCUGUAUAUCUCGAGAGAACUUUUAAGCCACGAUUUUUCCAGCUUCGAUUCGUUCUUAUUCUUGUUUUGUGGUUUCCACUUUCAGUUUUUCGCUUGAUAACGCAAUUAUUGUAACCAAUUCGCACCGCUGGCCUCUGAUGAUCGAUCCACAGGGCCAAGCAAACAAGUGGAUCAAGAACAUGGAGAAACCAAACAGUCUCCAGGUCAGUCCACAAAAGUAUUUGCACAACCUCGGUGGUUUAACCGUUAAAAGUCCUGGGUACAAAUUUAUUAAUAAGCUAUUUCCGAGUUUCCGAUCAGCGCGCGCGUAUAGGUAAAAUCUUUGCUCGUUAGCACUUACCGAUAGCUGUAACUAGUUUAUUUAUUUAUUCAUUUGUUUAUUAGCCACUCCCUGCAAUGGACCCUAAAGAGACAAUGAUAAAUUAUCAAAGAUUCUCAAACUCAUUAAUUAUUCAUGUCGUCAAAAGCCAAUAAAUGACGACCAUUUGGGUUUGGUGGAGGACUCCUGAUACAUUGUACCAAGUGAAACAGCAGAUAAAACACCACCAGAUCUCAGAUGAAACAUGUUUUUCAGCUGAGAUCAAACUCUUAUAACGUGUCAAAAACUCGGGCUUCGUGCUUCACCACGGAUUCCAAACACGUGGAAGCAGAUGAAUGCUGUUUCUGUUGCCCAGUGCCUGGCUCAUGAACCACUCGCCUUCUUUUUUGACAUUAAUUUAAACAUUUAUUUCAAAUGAAACUGGCGGAGAAUUAAAGCGACUCACUCUAAACAAAGGGGAAUUGUUUGAAGCACCUGAUCAUGAAUCUUUGUGUCUUACUUUGUUCAGAUCACCUUCUUAAAGGGAACCUCCACUUCAACAAAAAGAUAACUAUAAAUCACAGGAAAUAACUGUUACAGUCAAGUCAAUCUAAAAUAUUUUUAAAGAAAGCGUUUGUAUCCGAAAGAAAUAACUUUUAGAUUCGCCCAUUUUUGUUUUCAAAUUUUGCGGGCGUCGCCAUCUUGAAUAAUUGUGACGUGUAAUGGUUGCCCUAUUGUUAUUAAACAAAAGCUCUUUGUGUCAGAACAAGAGAGCAACCGUAACACGUCACAAUUAUUCAAGAUGGCGGCGCCCGCGAAAUUUGAAAGUGAAAAUAAGCGAUUAUAAAAUUCACUUUUCCUGAUAUAAACACUUUUUUUAAGACAAAUUUCGAACAAAUUUGUUUAUCAACAUAAUUUUAUUCGAUUUAAACUUAUUCUGUAGUAAGAGUGGAGGUUCCCUUUAAAAGAUGGCAAGCCUUUCUUUUUAGUAUCAUUUUGAAGGUUAUGUGGGUCACUUUUGCACUGUAACUUUUUAAACUUUUCUUGUAGGUGAUCAAAUUGUCAGAUCAGAACUACGUCCGAACCUUGGAAAACUCUUUACAGGUAAACUUCAUUGUUUUGUGAAUGAACGCGAACGCACUUCCAUUGUGCUAUUGUUUAUGCCCCGAGGAAUUUAUUGUGGCAUCAGUUUUUUUUACAAAAGCAAAGCGCAAAGUUUGGGGGUGGUCGUUUCCCGCUCCCUUUUUCCCGUUCCCCUUACCCGUUACCCGCUCCCUGUUCCCCCUUCCCCGUUCCCUGCUCCCCGUUCGCGCUUCCCGUUCCCCGCUCCCCGUUCCCCGUUUUAGUAACAUCCAGUUUAGAACUAGACAGCUGCAUAGUAGAAUACCACUCGUAGCUUUUCGAUUGUGUUGCCGCACUUUUUCCAAAUUAAAAAAUUUUGAUUUGCAAUGAUAGAUCGAUUUGGAUGUGCCUGAUGGUACGUUAAUGCAUGUCAGACUUACUAAGCUAUGUGAAUCUUGAUGUUACCUAUCAAACAGUAGAAGAAGUGUUUCGUCCUAUGUCCAGACACCGAUAAGUGGGAGGGUAAAAACCCAAGCAAUUCGAAUUUUUUUAUAUCGUUAUUGGUAUGUCUGGAUGGUAGACGGAAAACUUCUCACUCAUCAUGUAUUGGACAAAGAUUCUCGAAUAGGUACAUGAAGGUAUGCGGGCUUUUUGAUGGUGACGAUUUCCUUCUAUCUUUAUUGAUUACUCAUGGGUCUUAAAAUUGUAUUUUGAAGUUUGGUACACCUGUUCUGUUGGAGAAUGUCGGAGAAGAACUGGAUCCUCUACUGGAACCAAUCUUGUUGAAACAGACAUUUAAACAGGUGUGCUAGAAUAAUUUAAUAGGGAGCUUAAGUAACCACGAUGGCGGCGGGUACAAAAGAAGGCGAGUUCGCGCUGUUUCAAACUUCAUGGCUAUUAUUCCAUCUCCCAGUUCAGUAUGUCAGAUGAUGGCGAAUUUUUCAGGGGUUGAAUAGGCCAGUUUCGAAUAACUUAAAUUCACACUUGGCUCCGAAGCUGAGAAAUGUAAAACAAAAGAUCAAUAAUUCAUUUCUUUUGUUCUAUUCCCUUCAGCCUCGGAGCCAAGUUUAAAUUUUGAUAAUUCUAAACUGGCCCAUUCGAACGAAGUGUAUCUAAGUUAGGGAAAAGAAAAAGAAAAUCUUUGUGUUGUGCUCACGUCCUCUUUAACGUAAAAGUAGGACGUUUGACCAUACUUGUUAGAGGAGACUGGUUAUGUAAGGCAACAAACAUCAGAAAUGAAAACGAUAGUACUGCAGUUCAUGUUGGAAGCUCCCUGAAGCUGCACAAUCCUUUGUUUUCUUUUGGCAAAUUGUGACGGAAUAAAUUGAUGCGACGUUUCUGUUGGUCAGUAAGAUCAUAAUGAUAGGAACGCCAUUCAACGUUGUAUACCGUCAAAUCCACAAAAGCAUAUAAAAAAAGAAGUCUGGCGGGCUUCGUGACCAUUCCAAUCUAUUUACUAUGGUUUCACUUCGUCGUCAGGCAACGAAACUGACGAAAUGUACAAAAUAGCGUCAUGCAGGUACAAAGUUGUAGGUUUGCUAAUCUAAACCUACUGCUUUUUGGCGUUUUCUUUGUCAUUGUGGUUGCUUAAGCUUCCUAUUCUUCUUUGCAUCCAAUGCACGUUAUCGUUGCAUUUUAUUCAUAGCUUAUCAAAUUAUUUGGGUUAAGCGAAGAAAUACAAAUUCAUCGUAUGCUUUUCUUUAGGGUGGAGUAGAAUAUCUGCGCAUGGGUGAUCAUGUCGUGGAGUUUAGCAGGGUAGGUGUUUAUUGUCGAAUUUAUUUACGUUUAAUGUUGGUUUUGUUUUCUUAGUACUUUGCCUUAGCUCGUAUUUUCUUUUGCAGGACUUUAGAUUUUACAUCACUACAAAACUGAGAAACCCACAUUAUUUGCCUGAGGUGUCAGUAAAGGUAAGCUACGAAUGAAUAUCGCCGUUACACUAGACAUCGUAUUUUUACACCGAUUUGCCUCCAGUAAAGCGCGCUUCUUAUGUUUGUAGUUUUACGUUUUCUGUUACUGUGUGACAGCGAGUCUAUCUCUAACUUCACAUGUACUCGAUGUCUUUUUAAAAGUCAUUUUUAGACACGUUUUUGCACGAAUUACACCACUUUUCAAUAUUCUCACGGAGUUUGGAAUUUUUACGAAACACACAACUGACGAAAUCUUCGAAACUUCAGCUGCAGCGCUCGGAUUUCCAGCUUAUUUUAAAACGGAGUUCUGUUGCUUUGAAAUGGGAUCCUUUUUCAGUUAUAAUUUAUUGUACAUCAAGCUAGAAUGUUAGAUAUUUCCUUUUGGAAAUUACAGCCGAUGAACAUAUUGUGCGAGCAACAAUGACGGACAAAAGUGUUGACACACUUCUGUAAAAUGGCCCCAUUUUUCAUUGUACGCAUACUUAUCCCCUCCCCCGGUGUACCCCCACCCCCUUCUCGCGAAAUCAAUGUUGUAUUUUAUACCAUCAAGUCUUUCUUCAACUGAAAACAACAUUGAUUUAGGGGUGGGGGGAUUUACGGCCUUUAAAUACAGUCGUAUGUAAAAGGAAAGAAAGUGUUAAUGAAAGCGGUGUUUUAGACAAGUGUGUCAACUACUUUUGUCCCUGAUUGAAGGUAAUGUAGGCCAAGCGAGGGAAGGGAAUACUAGUAAAGAGCCUUUUCCCCAGUUCCGUCGGGUUGUUAGCCUGCCCCAAUCUUAGACGAGCUCUUUUUGUGUAUGCCCGUAACUCUUGUCAUGUUCUCACAGGUGACCCUUUUAAACUUCAUGAUAACCCCUCUCGGCCUGGAGGAUCAGCUGCUUGGAAUUGUAGCUGCCAAGGAGAAGCCUGAAUUGGAGGAGAAAAAGAACGAGUUGAUUAUCGAGAGCGCCAAGAACAAGAAACAGCUGAAGGAGAUUGAGGAUAAGAUUCUGGAGGUGCUUUCAACCAGCGAAGGCAACAUACUGGAGGACGAGACAGCCAUCGAGGUACCCAUCCGCCUACAGUUUGACACUCUUAAAACAUACUGAGAGCUCCGGAUUUUAACAUCAGACGUUGACGUUAUUAUUUAAAGAGAACCCAUGCUUUUGUUUGAAAUAUGUUGUUCAACUGUUCUGUACUGUUCUCGCCCUUGUCGCCUUAGUUUCUGGUUGCUUAAACCCCUUUACUUUCAAGAUGUAACUGUUUUACAUGUUUGCACGCCGGUCCCCUCGCAAUCUAAAGCCCUGUAUAGGACGACACAGAAUCAGUUUGGUCCAAUGAAAGAUGGUAAUUGUUGUCUAUUGGGUUUGCUCUAAUUUUAGUACAUGGAUUACUGGCAUAGGCCUUUUCUUGCGUACACCAAAUGGACUGAGUUUUCUAAAACAUUACGUUUACUUUUUUUUUCAUUCAUUUAUUAUUUUGUAGGUGUUGUCAUCCAGCAAGAAGUUGUCAGAAGAAAUCUCUGUUAAACAGGAAAUCGCCUCAAAGACUGAAGAAGAAAUUGAUAAGACUCGGGGUGGUUAUAAACCUGUAAGCCGUACUUGAAAUCUUCAUUUGCGCUUUGUUUUCCUAGUUCUAUGUAUUUCAGGUUAAGUUGAUCUUUAUUCGCCACUUGGACAUCUCUCAUAAUGUAUCUUAUUUGCCCCUCAAGAUUUUGCACAACCUCUGUUUUUCACUUCUCCUGGGUAUUACAGCCGUCCCAAGAGAAAAACAAUGCUUAUGCAAAUUUUUUUUUUUUUUUUUUUUUUUUUUGGGGGGGGGGAGGGGGUGGUGGGGGGGAAUAAGGUGCAUUAUGGGAAAUGUACAAGUAACGAAUCCAAUCGGACUGGCCAACUAUCACUUUUCUUGCUCUACAUUGUUUUUGUCAAGGGAAUGGCAAGGUUACCCGAUUAACGCUACCGCAGCUGGGAGUGGGGGAGGGGAGAGGAGGAAAGGGGAGGGAAGGAUGAGAUGCAGUUAUUUUCCAGGGUACCAAUUCAGGAUUGUUAUAAGCCAACUACAAGUAUUGCAAAUUAGUGCAGUUUAAAGCAUUCACCCACUGAUUACAUAUUAUAGGUCAGAGACCUUGUUUAUUAAAUGUUAUCAUAUGUGUUACUUUCCCAGGUGGCCCAACACUCCAGUAUCCUGUUCUUCACCAUAUCUGACCUGGCCAACAUUGAACCAAUGUAUCAGUACUCGCUCACCUGGUUUAUUAACUUAUACCUCCAGGCAAGUCCCCUGUUUUGUUAGAAUUUUUUUGAGUUAAAGAAUCUUACAAAUAAGUUACCGCAAAAAAAUGGACUCCUGGUAUUUCGUAAUCAAAACGGAAACUGCCAAAGAAGUCUCAUGGUAUCUAACGCAACACGCGAAUGGAUUCUUAGCCGGAUGAAUUUAGGUUUCUGGGAAACUGCGUACCUACCCCUCCCCUAAGCCAACAUUUUGCCCUUAGUAAGAAGUAAGUGAUAAUGUUGACUUAGGGGAGGGGUGGGUGGUCAGUUUCCUAGAAACCUAAAUUGAUCCGCUUAGCCUACUUCGCAGACGUAAUCUAACCCCUGCUAGUAACGUCUGCGAAGCAACGCCGAGGUCCUUGUUUUGGGCCCCCCAAUGGACUCAACGAGUUACCGGAAUUGCGACUUGAAUUUUCCUGCUCUAAUUGGUCAGUUGAAUAAUGCCUGUUUUAACAGGCCGACCAUGGCUCGAGCUCAAGUCCUGGUACACGGAUAGGGAGCCAAAGCAAGGAUUUCCGCGCUGGCUCGCAGACCUGCUGACGGACUUAACCACAGGUUUAUUUUCAUCGUCUGUGGUGCAGGCUAGCUAGUGAAUGCUUUAUGUGCGAGGAUUUUAUUUCUUUUUAGUAAUUGAUGAAAAAACGAAUGUUCAAUGAUGAUACUGACGGAGGAAGUAAUUUUUGACUCAAUAUGACUGCGCAAAUGAAACGGACCCAACAUUAUUGGAUGUUACAUGUUGCGUCCGGUUGCACACCCUAUUGCAUGUUGUUGCGUGUUGUUGGAAGUUGUUGCGCAAAGUUUGAAACUGGUCAAACUCUUAGCUACGUGCAAACGGACGCAACAACUCCCAACAAUUUUAUGAGUUGUUGCCUCUGUUUGUAUGUAGCUUUAAGUUAUUAAAAAAAACCUUUAUCAAUUAAUUACUUGCUUGUUAAAUUCUUCUCUUAAUUUUCUGUGUUUUUUUUUUCUGUUUUUAGUCCAUCAUAAAUAGCGAACCAUCCUCAGAUCUUUCAAGAAGAAUCAUAAAUCUAAACGAUCAUUUUACCUACAGGUGAGAUUUAAUUAUCUUUCAAUAUUCACGCAGAACGACUUCCAAAAGUGCAAACCGAGAUUCUCUCUCUUUUUCGUAGCUGGCAGUAAAUGAGGAGACUAAAUAUAAUAGACCUUUCCACGGUUUUUCCAACUUUAGGGAAAAGCCGUCGACUGCGCUGGAAAGAGAGCCUUUUAAUUAGUAAAAUUGCCAAGCUUGAAAGUGGUUUGUUGAAAACUCGCGAAGAUAUAGCUCGGCCCUCCUCAAAGUCGCGAAAUUUUACAGACGCUUGUGUGCCCCAUCUUACCUUGGGCACCAGAGGUUUUUCUCGCGUGCGGCGGAAAUUUUCGGUGUUGGCCGAAGGCCGACACAUCUACGGCCGUUGGCCGAAGCCACGAGCGGCAAAGACCGGAAACCACGCUAGAAGAGUCUCUUGCACCCAGGGUAGCCCCAUCUUACAAGCGUCUUUAAAUUUUAGCAACUUUGCGGUGCUAUAUCUUCGCUCGCUUAAGACGUAUCACUUUUAAACUUGGCAAGUUUACUUAUAUUAAGGCGCUCUUUCUGGUGAUGUCGAAUGAUUUUCCCCAACUGGUCCACGUCAAAAAUUGAAAAAACCUUGCAAGGGUCUAUUGUCAUGAUAUCAGUCAAAUUUGCAGUUGGGGCUAGGUGACCUGGCCUUUAUCUGGAAGUGAGGCUUUAGUUUUCUUUUCUUCUCUCGUACUACAUCGCUAAACUCUAUUAACUUAAAGGUAAAACUCAACGUUAGAUAACUGUCUGUUUUGUCGCAGCAAUAAGAUAUAUAACUUAUAAUAAUUAAUUUCCUUGUAAAUAGAAUUUUUGAUUUCAUUUUUUGGGAGUUAGCUUUGAAAACUUUUAGUUUCUCCAACUUCCGUCACUAAUAUAUCCUUUAGUUUCGGUUAUCUAUAUCCCUGUGUAUUGAAAUGUUAUAUCUCAUUAUUUAUUAUUAUUAUCCUCUGUAUUUCCAUUGGAAAGUGAAACCUGACUUGAAUGGUCUCAAGCCGUUUCCUGGUAAUAAAAUUCACUGCCGUCAAACAGUUAACUUGUAUAGUUCUAUUCUGUGAUUAGACUGUUUCUUCACUGUAUCUCCUUCUUGUUUUCUUUUCAGUAUUUACAAAAACGUGUGCCGAUCGUUGUUUGAGAAGGACAAGCUCUUAUUUUCAUUUCUGCUGUGUAUUGGCAUUCAAAGGGGCAGGUAGGAGGCAUUCAUCGCUCACCCUGGAAAGUGGUAACAAUCACCUACUCUUGGAAAAAACCACAAUUGUUUAAGUUCAACUUUUUUUGAGUAUAUUGUAGAGCACAAGCUACAUGUGGUGCUUUGUGCAUCGUGGCUUCGUCGGAACUAACACUGGUUCUAUUCCUAAGGCGCGGAGAUGAUUCUUUAUACCUACACCGUAAUUUUUAGGGAGGUAUUAUAACUCCAAAAAUAGAGUAAAAAUUAUAGGUACAGGAUAACCCCUUUUUGGGUGUUACUUUAACUCCUAAUUUAACUCCGAAUUUGGGGUCAUUUUUACUCCUGAAAAAGAGUUCUUUUUACUCCCAGUCUGGAGUUAAAAUAACUCCGAAAUGGGGUUAUUUUUACUCCUUACAUGGGUUGUUUUUACUCUUUUUGGAGUUAAUUUAACUCUGAAAGUGGAGUAAAAAUUUUAGGUACAGGAUAACUCCUUUUUGGGGGGUUAUUUUAACUCCUCAAUAUCUGGGGUCACUUUUACUCCUGAAAAAGAGUUCUUUAAACUCCUUUUUGGAGUUAAAAUAACUCCCCAAAAAAUAACUCCACUGUAAGGAGUUAAAUUAGCCCCACUAGAGGAGUUAUUGUAACUCCUUGAAAAUUACUGUGUAGGGAGUAAUUUAAGCGGUACAAAGGAUGGUCACUUUGUUUAAAUUUGUUAAAAAGACAGCGUUAAUAUUUUGAUCCUCGGCUUCAAGACCUCCAACUCUUACUAAGGUUUCCACUUUGUGUUGCAGUUCUUUGUUGACCUUCAAACUUGGAAAUUUUGCUAAUCGUAAGGCGCUCUUUCAAUGAGCUGCGAAGGGUAUUUGCUGAUUGGUCCUUACAAAAACCUCUAUAACAUAUCAUUUUCCUUCAAUUGCAGCGGUAAAAUUGAUGAACAAGAGUGGCGGUUUCUGCUGACGGGAGGAGUUGCCCUGGAGAACAAGUUCCCAAACCCUGCCUCUGAUUGGUUGACCGAAAAGUCCUGGGCUGAAAUGGUUCGUUGUUCAGCGCUACCGUCUUUCAAGGGAAUCUUGAAACACUUCACUGAAAACGUGAGUUUUAGAUAGACGGCUCGCAGAAGUUCCUGAAAAAUGCUUGUAAUAUUUUCCACGUACUCUCUGACGUGAGGCGUGGGCAGUCUAGCUCUCACGUGAAAAAAAACUCCUGGUGGUUUAUUAGUGUGUUAUCAGUAUUUUGAGUUAGCGAGGUUUUAGACCACGUAGGUAUCUCGUCUAACUGCUAUCCUCUUGUAAGGGAAUCCAAAACAUUCUUGGAUUCUGGAUUUCACUCCAUGGAUUUAAGAUUUCAGGUAUUGGAUUCCAGAUUCUUUUUCAGUGGAACUUGGAUAGCGGAUUUCAAAUGGGAGAAAAUUGCGCUUUGAUACUGUUUUGGGGGGGACGCUGUCGCCUCUACACUGCUUCUUCUACUGACCUUUUCGACGUUGCGCGCUGGCGCGAGUCUUGGCCAACAUUUUUCCCACAGACAGUCUCGUCGUGCAAUUCACUAGAUGCAAGUCCGGGAAACUGCCCACCUACCCCUGCCCUAUGCCAACAUUAACACUUAGUUCUUACUGAGGGCAAAAUGUUGCCUUAGGGGAGGGAUAGGUGGGCAGAUUCCACGAAACGUUUAGUUAUCCACGUAAAACCUCGAGAAUGCCCUACCCAGGCAUUUCUCCACUCCACCCUGCGAAAGUUCAAAACUCACCUUAGCCCUAUGGCGAUGUAAUUCGUUUUAACCCGUUCAUAUGUUGAAAGAUACUUUCUCAACCAAGUUCAUUGUAUUUCUUCCUUAAUCGUUGAGUAAAACACGGUGGAAAGUGUCUUCAAGGUAAAAAGUGCGAAGUAGUUGUGUCUGUUCUUUGAAAUAGGUUGAUUGACACAGUUGCGAGGCAUCACGCCCUUCAAAGAAAUAUGGCGCGUUCUAUGUAUCUAAUUGAUGGACGUUGAAGUGGUUCGUACACAAAUAUCUUUGCUCCGCAGCACUCAAACAGCGUUUUAAUUACAGUGUCAUUUUCAGUAGGACAUUGUUAAGAGCUUGUGACAAGUUAAAUUGCCGUAGAAAUUUUGCUGUAAUGAAAAAAACUCCUGUAGUGAAAUGAUCACGUUUAAUCUCUUAGCAAAACAGAAACGCAAUUUUCCGUCGAAAGAGCGAUGCUGUUUUGUGCUUUAUAAGUUACAGUGUUGUUAUUAAGUAAGUUAACAUUUUGAAAACGCGUAAAGGGCGCCAACGGAGUUUUAAAAGCCCGGACGUACCAAGUUCUGGCACACCUGUAUUUUUGCAACGAUUUGCGUCAUGGCCUUCGCUUCUAGUAGGAAAUUGAUAACGAAUACGAGCGUUCAAACCAAGUUCAUAUGCUUUAAUUGAUAAUUUGUCACGUUAGCCUUAAACGUUUUUUUAACGAAUUUUUGAAAGCCCGGACUUACUGUGUUCUGGCUCAGCUGCACUUGUUUAACGAGUUUGCUUCGUGGCCUUCUCUUUCAGUUAAAUAAACGUGCAGUUGGAGUUCGAGUAGGAAACUGAUUACGAAUACGAGCGUUGAAACCAAGUUCAUAUGCUUUAAUUAAUAAUUUGUCACAUUAGCCUUAAACUUUUUAAAUCGUUGCAUGUACUGGUCGUUACAGGAAAGAUGAUCGUCCUAGGCAGUUGACUGACUCGAAAGUCCAAAGUAGCACUUUCGAUGAAUUUUUUUGUGUGUGCUUUUAAACUUGCGGAUUUUUUAGCCGAUUAUUAUGCACUAUAUAAGGCUGUUUUUGUUUAUUUGGGGUUGAACACAGACAUCUUCCUUACUGACUACCAACAAACUUUGAAUCUCACAAUUUUCACUACGGGAACCAGCUAAACCUACGAUUUAAAACCUCGCGAAAGUCGAUGUUUCGAAAGCAAUAGAUCCAUGGAUUGAUUGCUGAUGAUGUAAAAGCAACCGCCUCAACCCAGGGCCACACAGCAUUAUAAUAUUUAACAUACAAACAAUAAUCUUCUCCUUUCACUUCGUGCACAAUGGUGGCGACUAAACAAGGCAUCCAUGAAGCGAUAAAUACACCCACUACCAUCCCUACUGUUUUUAGGGCUUUAUAGUUCUUUACAGCAUGAUAUACAGUAUUGUUCUGGAAAGAGUUGUCCUGUAUUCUUCUGAUCUGACUCCUGGCCGCUUUAAAAAUCCAUGCAUAGCAGAAAGCAACGAUGAUGUUUGGCACCAAAAACGUGGCGGCCGGUAUUAUAAUGAGAAUCUCCAUAUUUUCCUCGCUCACGAACAACAGUGAAAACGGUAGAACUAUCGAGGCCACCCAAACUGAAAUGAUCGAAGAAUGACAUGUACGUUUGGUUACAAUAAGUCUGUAACGAAGAGGAAAACAAAUUGCGAUAAAGCGAUCCACAGAAACACAGCACAAGUUAAAAGUUGUAGCCGCAGUUGUGUGUAUCCAUAACAUUUCCAGAAUUUCGGACCCUGUACUAAUAGACGGCGGCUGAAUCACAUAACGCACGGCUAUCCACACAGGGUUAAUGACAAGCCCUACAAGAAUGUCUGCCGUUGCCAACGAGAUUAUAAAACGGUUUGAAAUGGUUCUUAAAGACUCGUGUUUAUAAAACAACCACAUUACAAGGGCGUUUCCCGUAAUAGUUGCUAGGCUAGUAAAACUAAGCCAAACGGAAAGGAUAAAAACCGAUUCACUUGCGAAUCGCUUAUCGGGGCACGACUCAUUCAUGUUAGGUUCCAUGUGAAAGGCGAUAAAAUCUCCUCUGUUGAGGUCUUUAAGUACCUAAUAGUCAGGAUGCGGUUCCAGAAACGAGUCUUUUGAUGGAAGAUUCGUGGCCCACUAAAACUAUAUCAUCCAGUUGCAGAAGCUCAGAAAUGUCUGCUCUUGAACCACUCACCGUCCAAUGAACAGCACUGUGUUUUAGAUUCUCUAGUCAAGUCAGUAAAACCUGCCAAAUCACUUUCCGGCCUGCAUCUUCAACGUAAGAUGUAAAACAAGGCAUUUGAACCUCCUAAUUAUUUUUCAUUCACUUGGCGAUCAUUUAAACUGACAACUUCCGUUUUCACUUGACAUUAUAAGGUAGACUGAAGUGUUUUUUUUUUUUUUCUUUUUGUUAGAUUAGUUUUCCCUUCACGUCCUUUUGUGCCUCCUACACCCGGGCCAGAUAAGCAGUGCUGCUCGAAAUUAGCACAAAAAUGAGUUAAGAUUAUCGGUGUCCCCUCCUUCUUUCAAGGAACAAAAAACAUGUAAAUGAUAGAAAUUAGGCAAUGAGGCAGCUCAUUUCAGCUGGUAUUUACAAGUUUGCGCCCUCUUUGCCAUUCUGCUCGUAUUGAUUGACAAUGUGUUUUAGGCAUUAAGUUCUGAUGUACUUAGAGACAAGAUUAUUUUUGCAUAUAAAGAGAAACGUUUGCGCAGAUGCCAUUAUUUUCAUUUUGUUUCAUAAAAAUUUUAAAAGAGCCACACCAGAGCUCCUAAAUUAUGCCGCGUGCCAUAUCAAAAGGCGUGAAAAACAAUUUGCCAUCUGACCCCCCAAUCUUAAGAAGAACGAAUGAAAAAAUUGAUUAUAAAAGUUCUACUUCCGCAGUUCGUUGUUCGUAUUUAGAAUUGUAUGUUUUGCUCUGUUAUUAAUUUAGCGAUCUGAUAUUCUUCACGCGAUGCUUUGUUCCUCUGGGUUACCGCACGUCUUCUUGGCAGUUAGUUCCAAACACAGGUUCCCCAAGCUCACGAGUGAGAAUAGUGUUGCGUAACAGAAAUAUUAUAACGGUUUGUAUAGAAAAUUUAUCGAACGUUAUUUAGGGCAUUAAAAUAGAAAUAAAAAUACAUCAAAACUUCUUACCUUGUCUCCUUGUCUUGUUUGUGGUAUGUUCUUAGCAUUUCUGGCCGUUUCCGCGCGAUUCUAGUGAGUUUUAGUUCUACUGUUGCUCUCUCUAAACCGGCCAGAAAUGCUAAGAACGUACCACAAACAAGACAAGGAGACAAGGUAAGAAGUUUUGAUCUAUUUUUAUUUCUAUUUUCAAGCCCUGAAUAGCGAUCGAUAAAUUUUCCAUAGAACGCCUUAUAAUAUUUGUUACGCAACACAAUUCUCAUUCGUGAGCUUGGGGUCCCUGUGUUCCAGCUGACAAAAAAAAAAGACCCUGCGGAGGAGAGAGCAAGUAUGGGUACCAGAGGUUUUUUCUAGCGCGCGACAAGGAGCUUCGUCAGUCGAAGGCCGACACGUCUUCGGCCGAAACCGCGCAUGAAAAGCCUCUGGCAGCCAGGGUAAGGAAAGAAAAACUGUGCCAUUAAUUUCCAGUAAGGACACUGUCAAGAGCUUGUGACAAGUUAACUUGGCGUGAUGUUAUGAAGUGAUCACGUUUACGUCUCAGUAAAACAGAAAUGGAUUUCCUUCCAAAAAGAGAGGCUGAUUUGUGCAUUUCAAGUUGUAAUGUUAUUAUUAAGUGAGUUAACACUUAAGUUAAGUAAGUUGCAUAAAGACACCAUGAGUGAGUGAUAAUGGCUCCACGGAGUUUUAAAAGCCCGGACUUAGCUGCACUUUUUUAACGAGUUUGCUUCGUGGCCGGCGCUUCUAGUUAAAAGAAAAAAAGCACUUGCGGUGGUGUACGAGUAGGAAACUGAUUACGAAUACUAGUUUUCAAACCAAGUUCGUAUGCUUUAGAUAAUAACUUGUCACAUUUACCUUAUCUUUUAAAUAGCUGUAUGUAUUGGUCAUUAACAGAAAGGAAUCUCCUAUGGUAAUUCUCUGACUCGAAAUUCACAAGUCGCCUUUGGUAUUGCUAAACAUACUUUCUACUUCAAGAUCAAUUUUUGUGUGUGCUAUUAGUUAUAAACUACGGCUUUUUUAGCCAAGUAUUAUGCGCCAUACAUUUGCAAAGGCAAAAUAAAGGCCCUCUUUUUAGUCUUAGCUAUCUGGGUUGAGAACAGAAAUCUUCCUCUUAGAUUAUCCAACGAACUUUGUAUCUCACAAUUUUCACGACGGAAACCAACUAAACCUACGAUUUAAAACCUCGCGAAAGUCUGUGUUUCGGAAGCAAUAGAUCCAUGGAUUGAUCGCUGAUGACGUAAAAGCAACCGCUUCAAUCCAUGGCCACACAGUAAUAAAAUAUCUGCCAUCUAAACAAGGAUCAUGUCCUUUCACUUGGUGCACAAUGGAGACGACUAAACAAGGCAUCCAUGAAGCGAUGAAUACGCCCAGUACAAACCCUACUGUUUUUAGGGCUUUAUAGUUCUGUUUGGCCUUAAACAUAGUAUUGUUCUCGAUAGAGUUUUCUCGUAUUCUUCUGAUCUGUCUCCUUGCAGCUUUAAAAAUCCAUGCGUAGCAGAAGGCAACGAUUAUGGUGGGCAGUAAAAACGUGGCAACCGAUAACAUCAUUCCCAUUUUUUCCUCGCUUACGAAUAUCAAAGAUAACGGCAGUAAUAUCGAAGCAACCCAAGCUGAAAUGAUCGAAGAGUGACAUGUACGUUUGUUUAUAAUGAAUGUGUAACGAAGAGGAAAGCAAAUUGCGAUAAAGCGGUCCACAGAAACACAGCACAAGUUAAAAGUUGUAGCCGCAGUCGUGUAUACCCAUAACAUGUUCAAAAUUUUGGUCCAAGCACUAGUAUCUUGCGGCUGAAUCACAUAACGUACGGCUAUCCACACAGGUGCUAUGACAAGCCCUACGAGGAAGUCCGCUGUUGCCAACGAGAUUAUAAAACGGUUUGAAGUAGUUCUUAAAGACUCGUGUUUAUAAAACAACCACAUUUCAAGGGCGUUUCCAGCUACAGCUGCAAGGCUAGUAAAACUAAGCCAAACAGAUAGGAUAAUAACCGAUUCACUCUCUAAUCGGUUAUCGGAGCACCAUUCAGCAAUGUUUGGUUCCAUGUAGAAGGCGAUAAAGUUUCCUGUCUUGACGAGUCUUUUCUAAACUUUAAAGGGCCUAAUAGCUGAUGUUAUUAGAUGUGGUUCGAAAAAUUUUUUUUCAGCAUGGCUUUAAAAUGCUUGAGUCUGUUGAUUGAAGGUGCCUGCCCACUAAAACGAUAUCAUUCAGUUGCAAUUCGUCGGAGAAAGAGCCUCCAGGUAAACUACUCAGCACCGAAUGAGCAGCAUUGUUUUGUUGUUGACUCUCUUAUGCUAGUCAAUCAAUAAAACUCAGCAAAUCAUUUUGCAGCUUGCAUUUUACGCUGAUUGUACUUAAGAUGUAAGGCAAGACACUUGAACCUCCCCCCGAAUGAUUUGUCAUUCACCUGGCGAUCAUUCAAAAUGUCACCUUUCGUUCUCGUUUGCCACUGUUCGGUAAAUUGAUGUUUAUUUAAUACCCUAGUCCUCUCUGACGCUUUCUUGCCCUGAAUACACCUGUUUGCGCAGUUUGGUCGGAUUGCAACUGCUUGAAUAAAUGAUUCAAAAAUAAGUGAAAAUUAUCGGUCCCAUAUCCUUCAUUAAAACUACAAAAUAACAUGUUAAUGUCAAAAAUUAGAACUCGCUGUUUUAUUUACAAAUUCACCGCCUAGUGGGGCAUCCCCGCUCGUAUUGAUUGACAAUGUGUUUUAAGCAUUGAUUACUGAUGCACUCAGAAAUAAGAUAAUUUUUGCAUAUAAAUGGAACGUUUGCACAGAUGCCAUUAUUUUCAUUUUGUCUCAUGAAACUUUUAAAAGAGUCAUCCCAGAGCUCAUAAAUUGUGUUGCGUGUUAUAUUAAAAAGCGUGAAAAACAAUUUGCCAUCUGACCCCCAAACUUAAAUGGACUAAUAAGAAAAAUGAUUAUGAAAGUUACCUAUCCGCAGUUCGUUGUUCGUAUUUAGAAUUGGAUUUUUUGUUCCGUUAUUACUUUCCUUAUCAAUCUGAUAUUUUUCACCUUUCGCUUUGUUCCUCUGGGUUACCGAUUCAGGGUGUGUUUACCGAACGCUACGUUCGCAGUUAGAUCAACUGACUUAAGCGCGAGAGCGGCCUUAUUAAGCCACCACUGUAGAUAACUUAUGGCAACCUCUGACUGAAAAAAAAAGAAACAUAUAAAUUAACACAUUUUCGUUGUUAGAAGCCUUUUGUAAACCGUGAUGAAAAUUCACAUUUAAAAUUUUUUCGCUCUUUCUCCGCCUUAAAUUUCCAUGAGAAGUUGAAUUUUUCACGGUUGAAGCAAAGCGCAGCUGGCGUUGAAUUAAGUUUCUGAAUUAUUUCGGAAUCAUUUUUCCAGAUCAAAGUCACAGAUCUUUCAUAGCUUUGGCAAUGCAUAGUUAGGUCCUUGUGGAAGUAUGUGGUAGUCCCUGCACUGCAAGAUUUUCGACUUCAAAUUUUGUAUGAAACUACACCGUGGUUGCCCUAGGAUCCCCCCCCCCCCCCCCCCAUUUAAGAUUCCCGCGAGAAGCGAUGUCCUUCAGUUUUCUAGCGACUCCAAUCGAGUGUGCGUGGGACAUUUUCCGCCCUCGCGCGUUUCUCUCGCCUGCGAAACGCAGACGUAUUUCCGGUCGUCGCUUCUCUCCUUCUGAAAAACGACCGGAAAUACGUCUGCGGUUCGCAGGCUAGGGUUUCUCUCGUUGGAGUAAGAAAAAGGAUAGACUGCUUGAAGAAAUAUUCGGCAAUGAAAUUAUUUUAUAAUGGCUAAUUGUUGUUUACCCGUUAUUUCUUUUUAUUUAUUUCAUAGCUUUCAGAGUGGAAAGCAUUUUAUGACUCAGCUAAUCCCCAAACUGAACCACUCCCAGAACCGUGGGAAGAUGAACUCAACAAGAUACAGCAUCUAAUUGUUUUAAGAUGUCUCAGGCCAGAUAAGGUGCAGGAUGAAAGCUACAUUAACAUUAUACCUAGCAUCCCACGCAGACGUUCUUAGGGGUUCGUCACACGUUCCUGCCACGUUGGGGAGGAUUGCGUGACGAGCCAAAAGAACGUCUGCGUGGCAAAUGAACGCCUAGUCGGAAAUGCUUUGAAGUAAAUGUGGUGCUCCGGCGUGUUUCGUAUCACAGAAACUGGAAUAGCGCCUUCAAUCUACAAAGUUACAUGGACUACAAGUACAAAUAUAUUCUUUGUGGACUAGCAGCUUAGGGAGGGAGGGGGGGCUUAAAAGAUUUUUAUACGGGACAGCUCCUCCCCGAGGCCCGACCACUUACCCUUUUAUGUACCACUUUAAUUGACAGAAAAGGUACUCCUCUCCUAUACCUCCUAUUGGCGAAUGCCUUGUUUAGAACUAUGCAUCCCUUUUAACUGCCGUAAAUGUACAGUCUUAAAAAUCACAAAACCAGAACGUUUCCUCGACUUUUUCACAGCGAUAAAAUGCAUCUGCUUGCCCUUUCGGGCCUUUUUACCAACCGAAAUGACAGAUUUUCCUACCCUUUCUCAUACGUUAACAACUAAAAUCCUUACCCUUUCAUAUACCUGAAGCCUGAAAAAGGUACCCCUUUCGGGCGGAGCCUCCCCGUAUAGGCAUUUUAGGGAGUGCCCCCCCGGACGUGUACGCCUCAUGGCUUGUGUGCGCCUGCGACGUUACCUUACCCUAUGACAGACAAGUAAAAAGCCAUGUCUUGUCUAGCGGCGCGGCCGGCCCUGUAUGGUCCACAUAGUUAUAAAGACGUGCUCCCUGGUGUUAAGCAUCACUUCUCUUGUCGUUUCAGGUCACUCUUGGAGUGCGUGACUUCAUCACGUUCUACAUGAGCCCCACCUUCAUAGAGCCACCCACCUUUGACCUGUCCAAGUGUUAUGAAGACUCGGACUGCUGUGUACCGUUAAUAUUCGUGUUGUCACCGGGAGCCGAUCCAAUGGCUAGCUUGGUCAAGUUUGCAGAAGACAUUGGUAAGACUGUGCACCGCGUGAUAAACCGCUGACUCAUCGUUAACGCCUUCCAACCGUUACAAAUACAUACUUCAUAAUGUUGUUCAUGUAGUUGAUGUUGUUUGUUUCAUAUACAGUGGAACCUCGAUAUUACGAAGGGCAUGGGGAGUGGCAACUGCAUGGGGACAGGGACUUGUUUGUAAAAACGAGAUUUUUUUCCUACAGCGAGGUUAUUUUUUAUACAUUUAACUAUUACUGGGGUGAAGGUUAUUGUUCGUUUUACAGAGGACUUGGUUAUAUAGAGGUUCGUUAUUUCGUGGUUUCACUGUAUAUUGUUGAAUGAUCACAAAAAAGAAAGAAUGUUUUUAGGGAAUCGUGUUUUCAUCGGUGAACAAUUUGCUGCUAUUUCCCCUCUUUUCUUUGCCUUGAGUCGACUAACUUCACUUCUGCAUCGUCGUGGUUUUCUUGCGGACAUUUUUAAAGCUUUUUACUACCUUUGAAUGUUUUUCACGGUUAAAGAUUUCUCCGACGAGCUAUUUUACUUGGUUUUCACGGGAAAAUCAACUUCGAUUUUACGGUUGUGUAGGAGCUGCUCGUAAGGCCUCUCCUGAUUGGUCGCAGAAAACAAUGACGUCAUUAUUUCAAUUGUUUCAGUAUUGUUUGUGGUCAGAGUUAGGCACCAUUGUUGACUUCUCUUCCGAGCAGCCAAUUUUAGAGUUACUAUCUUCCUUCCUUAGUUACGUCACAGUGAUUCUCGUAACACCUCCUAAAAUCUUUAAAUCAAUAUUGUGGAUAUUUUCAAAUUUCUCUUUUUUGUUUUCCUGUUCUAGGUGUGACCAGGUCUCAUUUUCAGACUAUUUCAUUGGGUCAAGGUCAAGGACCCAUAGCGGCCAAGAUGAUCAAUCAGGUAACAGGCUCUCUGUUAGCAGUUAACUCUUCCACACUUGAAGCAUUUCCAAGGGAAUUUUAUUUUGCUUUAUACUAGUUAUUUGGACUUCAUUGCAGACACUCUGCACUGCCGGUAUAGACGGAUUAUACCAGUGGUUUAGAGAGAGCGCGUGAGUCAGCUGCAACGCAGGCGAAUUCUAAAAAUAAGUAGCCCAUCGAAAAAUACCAACUCCUAAAGAGUUUUAUUUAAGUGGUGGUACGACAAGAUUUCGUCCAUAGACUCGAAAAUUAGAACUAAUAGGACAAAGUGAAAGCAUUGCUGAAGAGGUUUCAUUUGAAUGGUAACACCAUAGGAUUUCAUCCACAGACUCAAAAGUUAGAACCACAUACAAAACAAAUAGUACCAUGUGAAAGUACUGCUGAAGAGGUUUCAUUUGAAUGGUCACACCAUAGGAUUUCAUCCACAGACUCAAAAGUUAGAACUACGUAGAAAACAAAUAGCACCGUAUGAAGUACUGAGGUGCUGAAGAGGUUGCAUUUGAAUGAUAACACGAUAGGAUUUUAUCCACAAACUCAAAAGUUAGAACUACUUAAAAAAGAAUAGUACCAUGUGAAAGUACUGCUGAAGAGGUUUCAUUUGAAUCGUCAUAUCAUAGGAUUUCAUCCACAAACUCAAAAGUUAGAGCUACUUAGAAAAUAAUAGUACCAUGUGAAAGUACUGCUGAAGAGGUUUCAUUUCAGUGGUGACACCAUGGAGGGUUCAUUCCUGUUUAGGAAGGAUGCCAUCGUAUAAUGGUCACCCUGGAAUAACUCACUCUAACUGGACGAGUAACUGGAUUUCAUCAUAAAAUAAGUCUAGUCGAUAAGUCGAGAAGUGGUGAAUAAGAAUUAUAAGCGAUACCAUACAGUUGAAAAGCGAUAGUUGUCUUUUCUUUUUAGGCUAUUGAAGUGGGCGACUGGGUAGUCUUGCAAAACUGCCAUCUUGCAACUUCUUGGAUGCCUGUCCUAGAGAAGAUAUGUGAAGAGGUAAAUGUGUAUUAUUAUCUAUUCAAAACAUUUUGCCGUUUCUGAUAGGCUCCAAUCCCCCGCCCAAUUCCUCGGAACCAACUCGCGCUUGCCAUAAUUUAAUGAUAUGUUUGCUUGGAAACGAGGUUGAUCGAUGGUGUAUUUUCCUGGAAACGGGGUUGCCUGGGCAAUAGUUGACGGCCAUCCGACAUCGAGAUAGCUGAAUUUCUGGCUAAAACUGGAUGUAAUAAUUGCAAGAACACGAAAAAAUAUAUUACUCGAUGGAUGUUAUCUACUUUUUGAGAAGUAUCUGCAAGACAAAAAUAAACUUCUGUUGAUACCCUGAAAUUUGCGCCAUAAUUUUGAAGAAAUUCUACGAGGAUGUAAGCUUAUUAAGGACUAAGAAAUAUAUAUCUUGAAUGAAUAAUAAAACAAUUAUUGAAUUCGGCUUUCGCAAGAUGUGAAGAAUUAUGCUGAUCUCGGUGGUUAUUAUUCAUCGAGGCCGGUUCUUGAUCUGUGUAAAUUCUGUACGUCAUACUCAGCCUCAUUUAAUAACUGUUAAUUAUAUAAUCAUAAGGUAAAAAGCACGGGGCAUCUACAUGAUAACGUGCUAUUAUCCAAGAGUUUAAAAAGUAAAGGUUCUUCAUUAAUUACUCAAAUCAUGGUUAUGACUUUGCUCAGGUCAUCAUUCCAGAGAAGACUCACAAAAGUUUUAGGCUGUGGUUGACCAGUUACCCAACCGAACGAUUUCCUGUAUCGAUCUUACAGAAUGGUAAGUGAUCGGGAAAACGAAAGGGUUUUCUCACUCAUUUACGCCCCUCUCUCUGAUCUCUGCUUGUCGUCCUUGCUACUGUUUUUUCCUUUGGUCCAAGCGCAAGCAAGUUAUUUUCUACUAGGUGAAUUUAUCGCGCGACAACACAUCUGCUAUAUUGGUGUAGCAAAAGCAGUCAAACGGCGAUUAUGUUGGUGUAAACAGACAAUUUCUUGUGUUCUUAUAAACAUACAAAAUCACUGGCUUCGUGACUGAAAAUGCUCCAUAAUUUUUCCUCAUCUGAUAACGCCUACAUGUACUUACAUGUACCGCCUUUUUACCAUAACUGAGCAAUUUCUCGCGCGCUGAUAGGUCAAGAGGUAUGGUCUAUGAGAGUGUAGAUCAUGAGAAUGACGUGAACGCGCAAUUUGUUUCUCUCUCUAUCUCGGGCGCGAUUGUCCAAGAAACGUGUCUGAGAAAACAGCCGGCACUUCGCGACCCCACCACUAAUUUCACCGCGAAAUGACGUCUGAGGAACGCCUUCAGGAAUUCCUUACUCAUGACGUGUCACAACCUAGAUCUGGAUAGCGCUUCUGAUUGGUUGAAGCAAAUUUCUUUCGCGGCACGACCAAUCAGAAGCACUACCCAGAUUUGGGUCGUUACACGUCAUCAGUAUGGAAUUUCUGCAGUCGUUUCUCAGACGUCAUUUCGCGGGGAAACCAGUGGUACCGUCGCGAAAUAAAGGCUGAUUUCCCAGGCUAAACCUGUACAUGUUACUGUAAAAAAAAGAAAAAAAACGCUUAUAGACCAUAGAAAUGACGCCAGAAUGUUCAAAACGACAAUUUGAGUUCUGGACAUUCUGGCGUCUCCUAUGGUCUUAAAUUGUACAGACAUAUAUACCUUUCUUCCCAUGUAUUCUGUUAAACGAACCUGUAUUAAGCGGACACUUGUGUGGUUUUCGUGGGCACAGCUACAUUACUAAGGUUACCAUGGCUACUUUCAGGGGUAAAGAUGACGAAUGAGCCGCCGAUGGGUCUCAGGGCGAAUCUGUUGCGGUCAUACCAUAGCGACCCCAUAUCAGACCCGGCGUUUUUCAAUGGCUGCAAUAAAACCAAAGUAAGUUUUGUUGUGUUCCUCUCCCUGGUGUUGUUGCUGUUGCUAAACUUGCAACUGUUUCCUGCAGGUUUGGAAAAAAUUGCUGUUCAGUUUGUGUUUCUUCCAUGCGCUCGUUCAAGAGAGGAGGAAUUUUGGUCCGUUGGGUUGGAAUAUUCCUUAUGAGUUCAACGAGUCCGACCUUCGGAUAAGCGUGCGCCAACAACAGGUGAGCAACGCUCAGUACUUUCACCCUUUCACUACUAAAGAAGGCUUAAGUCAAGAUUGAACAACAGUUCUAAAUUCCAUUUUGAAAAAUGUUGUAAAGCAAGUAGUUCCUUUUGAACGUACUGCUGAAGAGGUUUCAUUUGAAUGGUCUUACAAUAGCAUUUCAUCCACAGACUCAAGAGUUAGAACCACAUUCAAAACAAAUAGUACCAUGUGAAAGUACUGCUGAAGAGGUUUCAUUUGAAUGGUCACACAAUAGGAUUUCAUCCACAGACUCAAGAGUUAGAACCACAUUCAAAACAAAUAGUACCAUGUGAAAGUACUGCUGAAGAGGUUUCAUUUGAAUGGUCACAUCAUAGGAUUUCAUCCACAGACUCAUAGGGUUUUGUCCACAGACUCAUUCAGCUGUGGCUGUAGAAGGGUUAAUGGCCCGCAGUCGAAUUUAGAAUUUCGAUUUUAUUCAAGUUCAGAUAAUUUUAAAAGUAGUGGACUAAGACAAGUUGGUGCCAAAGACGAGUUCCGCAAGUCUGGGACGGCGUAUUUUUAAAAGCACGUGGUCGGGUGUAUGUUAUUUAAUAUUAGAAACGCAGUACCUAGAUAAGCACAUAUGUGAUGUAUGCGCUUGCUUCACGGUACACAUUUGUAAUUAGCUCUGUGGGACCUGUAGCUGACAGAGACGAAAAUAACUGUAUUUCUGUGUCAAACAUACUAGUGCAGUCUUGCAGUUAGGGUACUGUUUCCCUCUACAGAUGUUUCUUAAUGAUUAUGAUGAUGUUCCGCUGGAGGCUCUAACCUAUCUUACUGGACAGUGCAACUACGGAGGAAGAGUCACUGAUGAGAGAGACAGGUAGUUUUAAGUUCCAAUAGUGACCAACAUCAACCUUCUCCCAACAAUAUCAAAAAAUAAUCAAGAAAAAAAGGUAUGAGAAUGAAUGAAAUUGUCACCAGAGGAAACAAUUCUUUGAUCUUUUAAAAAAUUCUGUCAACUAAUAUUUUAACGAAAUGUAUGGAGAUCAGUUUGGAGAAUUUGUCGGAGGAUACCAGGCCUUUAAGGGUUAAUUUCAAUACUUGCAAGCUGAAUUCUUUUGGCAGAAGCAUAGGAUACUGUUUCAGGGACCAUUUUUACGAUUUAUUGUCCUACUAAUCGUUACCAGCACAACCCGCCACCAUAAAUUUCAUCAUCAUCAUUACUAUCGUCGUCGUCAUCAUCAUCAUCAUCAUCGUCAUUAGCAUCAAAACCUCGUCAUCAUCAAUGCAAUCGUCGUUCUCAUGUCCAUCGUCAUCAUCGUACUGUUUCAGAGACCAUUUUUUCGAUUUAUUGUCCUACUAAUCGUUACCGGCACAACCCGCCACCAUAAAUUUCAUAAUCACUAUUGUUGUCGUCGUCAUCGUCAUCGUCAUCAUCAUCAUCAUCAUCAUUUGCAUCAUAACCUCGUCAUCAUCAAUGCCAUCCUCGUCAUCAUCUCCAUCGUCAUCAUAGUCAUCAUGAUGGUCAUCAUCAUUAUCACCAUCACGUCAUGAACAUUAUCGUUAUUAUUAUAAUUUUUUCCUAGG